GCCGAGUGAACCAGCUGGGGGGAGUGUUCAUCAAUGGCCGGCCGCUGCCUAACCACAUCAGGCACAAGAUCGUAGAGAUGGCCCACCACGGCAUCAGGCCCUGCGUCAUCUCCCGCCAGCUCAGGGUGUCCCACGGCUGCGUCUCCAAGAUUCUGUGCCGGUACCAAGAGACCGGCUCCAUCAGGCCGGGAGCCAUCGGGGGAAGCAAGCCCAAGGUGAGGGCAGUGCUACAGGUGCCAUGUUACAAGAGGGCAAAGUGUGGGCAGGACAUGGACACAGACAGACAGCAGGAUUCCUCUAGCCUUACAUAUAUAUAUAUAAAAAUAAAAUACUGCAUGGGCCAGUUGUAUUUUCUAUCUGUUGUGAGAUCUAUGUAGGUAAUUGCUUUGUCAGUAAGCAGGCUCUGCCUAUGGGCACUGAUAAGAUGGGAUCUACUUAAUCACUGCCUAUGGAUAUGGAACACUUGGCACAUGCCUACUCACUGCAUAUAGACAAUGAGCAGGUAAGACAUAAAUUAGCACCUAGUCACUGUCUAUGGACUUUAAGCAGGUAUUACAUAAAGAAAUUAGCACCUAGUCACUGGCAAUAGACAUUGAACAGGUAUGACAUAAAUUAUCACCCAGUCACUGGCUAUGGACAUUGAGCAGGUAUUAGAUAAAUAAAUUAGCACCUAGUCACUGGCAAUGGACAUUGAACAGGUAUUAGAUAAAUAAAUUAGCACCUAGUCACUGGCUAUGGACAUUGAACAGGUAUUAGAUAAAUAAAUUAGCACCUAGUCACUGGCUAUGUACAUUGAGCAGGUAUUAGAUAAAUAAAUUAGCACCUAGUCACUGGCUAUGGACAUUGAACAGGUAUGACAUAAAUUAGCACCCAGUCACUGGCUAUGGACAUUGAGCAGGUGUGACAUAAAUAAAUUAGCACCUAGUCACUGGCAAUGGACAUUGAGCAGGUAUUAGAUAAAUAAAUUAGCACCUAAUCACUGGCAAUGGACAUUGAGCAGGUAUUAGAUAAAUAAAUUAGCACCUAGUCACUGGCAAUGGAUAUUGAACAGGUAUUAGAUAAAUAAAUUAGCACCUAGUCACUGGCUAUGGACAUUGAGCAGGUAUUAGAUAAAUAAAUUAGCACCUAGUCACUGGCUAUGGACAUUGAGCAGGUAUUCGAUAAAUUAGCACCUAGUCACUGGCUAUAGACAUUGAGCAGGUAUUAGAUAAAUAAAUUAGCACCUAGUCACUGGCUAUGGACAUUGAGCAGGUAUUAGAUAAAUAAAUUAGCACCUAGUCACUGGCUAUGGACAUUGAGCAGGUAUUAGAUAAAUAAAUUAGCAACUAGUCACUGGCUAUGGACAUUGAGCAGGUAUUAGAUAAAUAAAUUAGCACCUAGUCACUGGCUAUGGACAUUGAGCAGGUGUGACAUAACUAGUCACUGUCUGUGGACUCUGAGCAGGUGUGACUACCUGUGGAUACUGAGCAGGUGUGACUUACCUAAUCAUUGGCUAAAUAAUCAAUUGCCACUGGGUCUUUCCUUCCAGUAGCUGUAUGAAUAUACCAAGUCCUUAUUGUGAGGAUUAUUAGGAAUCCUCAGCUAAGAUAAGAGUAAUGAGACGAUCCCAAGUAAAUAAACAAACAUUACCAGGGUCAGUUCCCCUUGACUUACCAUCAUUACACGCAGAAAACUGAGUUUGACCUGACCCCAGCUAACACUCACCCUUUGCCUCAGCCCUGUCAGCAAAUGGAUGAAAGAUUGAUCUUGCAUUUUGACAUAUGCUUUUCCUGUAAUUAUAUUUCCACUGUGCACAUUUACUUUUCAAACGAUUUAACGUGAUCUUACUGUAUUAUUGUACAUUUAGACAUAAAUUAGGUUAUCCACAAGUUUUACAUAUUCGUAUAAAAACAUGUUUUGCAAUUCUAUAGAAUGUUGUGUAAUAGUCUUGUAUAUUAAUUUUAAUAUUAAUUUUAAUGUACAUUCGUGUAUUUAUACAGCAACAAUGUAUUUGUAAUUUACAGAAUAAAAGUAUCGCUGGUUAAUGAUACUAAGAAGGGAAAAUGUGUUGUUUUUAAUCAUUCCAUUUACUGGGCUUUUUGAAUAAUUUAGAUACAGGAAUUUACAGUAGUAUUUUACAAGCAGUCCUGUACAUUUAAAUAUAGCUCUCUCCUUUUUUUCUUGUUUAGCAUUUUUUUUCCCCAAAGUUCAUUCCAAGCACAAAAAUACUUUUCUACUUGUGGCAUUUUAUGUAACUCGAUCUCAGAAUCUUCACAGCCUCUAAAUUCACAGAAAAACUGCAACCAAAAAAAAAAAAAAAAAAGUAUGGAAAGAGAUUUUUUUAUUUUAAAUAAUUGCCUAAGGACUGACUUUUUCCAUUUCCCACUUUGUUAAAUGUAUAUGCAUUUCUGUUACUCGUAUCUAUAAUAUACACACAGCUGGUGGGAUUGAUCUAUGCUUUACUUAAUAAACUCCAAAAUAGGAUAUUCAUUUUUUUUUUUUUUCCUCUUAAAGCAGGUGACUACACCAGAUGUGGAAAAAAAGAUUGAAGAAUUUAAAAGAGAUAACCCGGGUAUGUUCAGCUGGGAAAUUCGAGAUAAAUUACUUAAGGACGGAGUAUGUGAUCGAAAUACCGUUCCUUCAGGUACUACACCCAUUAAUAUUUAUAAUAAAGCCUAUCCAUCUCUAUUAAAGCGGGCAAAUCACUUAGGCAAUAAAAAAAUAUUGAUUGCUGCUCUGUGGAGACACUGGACUCCUCUGGAGCCAUCUAAAGCAAUGAAAUAUUAAUCACAGUCUGCAUUAUUUCAUGGGCUAUCAUAAAAUGCAGUUAAUUGCCUCGCUGCUUAAUGUGGACACAGCAAAAAAAAAAAAACCUUUAAAAUGCUUUUAUAACCAUGGAGCAAAUUUAAACCAAUUAAUAAGACUGAACGCUCAAUUCAUAGAAACAGAGUAAUAAAAUAAAUAUUUCAUGCCUGAAGUUUGUAAAUGCCCUCCUGAUUUAUUUUUAAUUUUAGAAAAAUAAAUUAUAUUACACAAAAUAUACUUCACCAGGAUAAUUAAAUUUUUUUUAUAAACUCGUAUAUUUAUUUAAAAGCAAACUUUAUAUUUCUACGUACAAAAUUAAUUAAUCAAUGUAAAAAAAACAACAACUUGUAUUUUAUAUUUUUAAACUAAUUAAUAAAAAGGACAUAUGCGAGAAAUGUGAAGAGAAGUUUUAAUAUAGUUAUAAUUUUAAAUUCUCUAUUUUAUUUGUGUAGCUGAUUCGGAAUGGAUAGAUGCAUAAAUAGACAUAAUGGAAAAAAAAAGACCGAAUUAUAAAUAUCCCCGUUAUGACUAAAAAAUUUUUUUUAUAAAUAAAUAAUAAUUUGUAAGAAAAUAAAAAAAUAAAAAAAGAAGUUUAAAAAUGAAUGGGUUGUUCGCUUUGGACUGUAUUCACUAAACAGCGAAUUGUUCUGAAUGGACAGACGAUAAAAAUUUACACUGAAAUAGUUGGUGACAAAAUAUCUCUGAUUCUAGAAAAGUUUGGACAUAAUUUCUAACUUUGUCCUUUAAUUUUUCAAAUCAGCCCUUUGAAUUCUAGCGAGCUUAAAACCAAACUGAAAAAUGUAGGCUAAACUAGCCAAACUGUAUCUCUAGAUGAUUUUCCCAAAUCAGCACCUUUUUUUCUUUAAAAUAAUUCGAUUUUCAGUUCACCACAAUUCGCUGUGGACUUGUGAAUAAGCCACGACUGAACUCAAAUUUAUUAACAUUCUAAACCUGGCAACAAUUAAGAAACGACAAUUAUCCUCUCUGAGCUUGGAAUCCAGGGGACAUGUAUCUAACCACACAUUGUCACCUAAUUCUAGUGAGCUCUAUAAGUCGAAUUUUGAGGAGCAAAUUUGGAAAAGGGGAAGAUGAAGAUGUAGAAAUGGAAAGAAAAGAGCAGGAGGAACACGAAAAGAGGACAAAACACAGCAUUGAUGGCAUCCUAAGAGAGAGAGGUACAGUGCACCCACCCUGCUAUAUGUAGUAUGUAGUAGUAAUAUCACGAUUUAACAGAAUAAUAGCCCUGCUUAUAUAAAAUCGCCAAUUAAAUAUAUAUAUAUAUAUAUAAUACAAUGUUUCAAUAGCAGCUAAUUAAUGUGCAAGUCUUACACAUUAUAUGAUCAUUUAUUGCAAUCAAUGGAUGUGCGUAUUGUCAUUUUAAUUGUGUGUCUAAAAUAUUUGGGAUACUUCUAAGAUUGCUUAUGGAAUGUAAGAUAUUACAAAUAUGUAUUUACAGGUCUUUCGUAGUGUUUAUUUUAAUUUUUUUAUUAUUGUAUAUGUAUAUUAAAGAAACCUGUUGCUUUUCUGGUUUUUGGAUGGAAUAGGGGAGAAAGAGGAAAUAGGGUUAAACAAAAAGAAGACGAUAAACCCCUCCCUGCCCCCUCCCCCAACAACAAAAAAAAUAAUUUAAAAAAAUACCUCCAACACUAUAUAUAUAAACAAUCAUAAAAACAAACCAGAGGCAAUACAAAGAGAUAGAAAAUGAAGCCUAGACUGUGUUUCCAUUCUAGAUACAAUGCUCUAAUUCCUAAGGUGUUUAUGGCUGCAAUUGGUGGUAAAUGUGUAACUAAGGUGUCAGAUCAAUAAUUUACACAUAUUAGCAGAGAUCAAAGAGGCUCUAUUUCUUCGUUUACCUCUUUAGGGACCUGUGUAUUGUAAUUCAGCCCUGCUAUUGAUUGCUGGAGUAGAUAGUGGUCUGUGAGGGGUGGGGAGGGGGGAAGCUGGAGGGGGCAGAAAUUGAGGGGGAGAAAAAAAAAAGAAAGCAACUUUACCGAGUCUAAAAGAUUAGUUUUAGACAUCAAUGGGAAACCUCGGGAGAUCCCAAUUUAGUUUAGUCAAGGACUGGAGGAAACACUCAAACUCACCGAUUUCCUCUAAAAGUGAUAUUAAAUAUAUCUCAAACGAUGAUCUGACCCCCUCUUAACCUGCCCAAUGCCUGCGAUCAUUUUGUACAUUAAAGCAAAAAAUCUUCAGAUGGCAGAUUAAAUGACUUCACAUUAACCCCUUCGGUGCUCUCCAGUGUUCCUGCAGCACUGAAGGGGUGUAUAUUGAAAUGAUAUACUUCCUUGAAAAUAUACAAACUUAUUUCAGCUGUUUUGGGAGCUUUGAUAAUAAUUCAAUUCCAACAGAAACAUUUGUCCUACAGUAAAUUAGAAACAGAAGUCUUGUAUUUCCCAUUGAGCUCUUACAGUGACUAAGUACUAUGUAAGGGAAUUAAGAGUACUAAAGGGGAAAUGUUACAUAUAGCCUGGGAUCCCCAAUAAUAAACAAGGUUUCAUUAAACAAAUUCAUUAAUUAGCAGCCAGUGUCCUGAGCACAUUCUAGACUCCUGUAUCUUUUUGAAGCUUACACAAUGUGAAACUUACUGUGUGUUUGUCUGUGUAAGUGUCUUUACGUAAGGGUAUUGUGUGAAUAUACAUUUUGAAGAUGAAAGUGUAUACUAAAAAAAAAAUGGAAAAGAAGAUAUUUUGACAUUGUUUAUUUUUUACUUUUUUUAUAGUUAGUAUGUUUAUUUUAUUUUGUGGGUUUUUUUUAAAUUCACCUUAUUGUUUUAAAUCAUUGAAAUACUGUAUAAACAAAAAAAAAAAAAAAAGAAAGAAAGGAGAGAUCUGAGAAAGUGGAGAGAGAGAGAGAGAGAGGGGGAUUGGAAAGAGAGAGCGAUAGGAAAACAAACAAACUAUUGUUUGGUUAAUGAAAUGAGCUUGCUGAAGAGUUAGCUUGUUUCCCAGAUAGUAAUGUGAUGGGCAGCAGAUGUGGGCUCACCUUAUCCUACAGACAGUGUUGUGUUCUGUGGGUUGAGACUUUGUACUGGGGUCUCUGGAUAUUUAGUGAGUGCUUUGGGACAUGUUGCUGGGUCUCCCUAUAGGCACCGGAGGGGACAGAAAGCACCAAAUUGAGCUGGUCAAACAUUUGUACAACUUUUCCAUUGAUGACAAAAGAGCCUCUCCACACACAAUCUACACUUGGAGAUGAACUUGUGGAACAAAGGGAGGAGAGUCCAUUGAAACUCACACUUUAGCUCUGCCCAGACAAAGCUUCAGCUAGAAGCAGCCUGGUGGGGACAAAGGAAGGCCUGCCUUUUUUUUUUAUAUAAUUCCUGGAGAAUGGAGUGUGAAAGCAACUCACAAAGGCCCCAGAAAAGACAUUAUGGGCUUGCAAUAAGGGAUGAAUAAUUCAAUAGGCACUGCUACUGAGAGUUUUAUGGACUCUUCAGUGAAGAGAGAAAGGGACAUUUUCACCUACAAAAUGUGAGAAGACCUCUAUGGCUCUUAACCCUUGGCAUGCUGGAGGAGAGGUGGAUUUUACAUUUCUGGUUCUUAUUCAAAAUUAUAGUCUGAUUGGUUUGACACUAAAGUUCCACUACAAAUAAGUACUUGCCCAUAUCUGGAAAGGGAUAUAGGGAUACAUAGGGAUGUAGGGCUAUAUAUGCAUACAGAUUAAUAUAUAUUUCUUUUAUUUUCCAUAAAACAAUAUUUUAAUCUCCUCCCCCCUAUCAUUAAUAAAAUCCACUCAAUAAAACUAUCCCUCAGAGUUUCAUCAUUAAAAAUCGAGCUGUGACGAGUUAUACACCGACUUAGAAAACCUUAUUUUUAUACGAUUUGUUUUUAAAAUCGAUUAUUAACGCACUGCAUCUCACUGUUUAGUGAAUAAGCCCCUUCUAGUUUCUUUUUUACCAAGUUGUAGUUCAUAUUUGUUUUGUUCCUGGGGAAAUUACAUUUAGUUUCUGUUAGUCUUUUUCUGUUAAUACAAUUAUGAUUUAAGGUAACCAAAUGGCAUCACUACUUGCAAGAAAACCGGGGUUUCUUGAUAAUUAGGGACGAGUACUUUGCAUUGCAUGCAUAUUUACAAUUAUUUAUAAGGAUGUCACUGACCUUUCAGAGAAUCUAUGUACAUUAUAAAAAAUUGGUAAAGUGCACAAACCUGUUAACAUGCUGAGCUCUAUUGCAUUGGAAAAUUAAAUGAAAAAAAAAUAUUUAAAACAUUUAAUUACUAAAACAGACUGAAUAAACAGACAGACAGACAGAGAAAAAUACAUCAAUAUAUUUAAUUAAGAUGUAAUAUAUUAUCAUUAAUAGUAUUGCUAUUAUUAUUACAUUGUACUUGUAUAUAAACAAAAAUAUAAUCAUACAGCAUAUACACAUAACACACAGCAUGGGUACACAUACAUAUACACACUCACAGCAUCUGAACUCAAAUAGCUGGCUUAAGAACAAAUGAAUAUUAUUAAAAGGCUGAGAAAUACAGUCUGAACUUCUUGUCUCUGUUUUUGAUUUUAAUCCCAACUGCAGAGAAAUCUUUCUAAAGUCUACAUAAUAAAUGCCACCAGCUUGGCUGGAAAAAGCUUUAAAUGUUUUAAUUCUCUUGAUUUUAUUUAUUUUUUCUGCAAAAGUAUAAAGUUAACUCUUGUAGUUCUGUUGAUUCCAGCAACAUUCCCCAAAUUAACCCCUCAGCUCUCUCCAGUACACAGAGCAGUGACUAGUGGCUGUGUAAGGGGGGCAGGGGGGCUUAGAUUUAUUGUUAGAAUCAUUUCUGGAAGGAAUCAGAGAAUGAAGGAUAAAGUAUUGCAUGAUUUAUUUACUGGUUACAUUGUGAACAUCAGAUUAGCUAUCACUUAAUAGAAAUCUACGGCCUCCUAGUGAGUGACUAUAAGUACAUUAUAUCCUGCCAUUUAUUAUAACGUCACCGAUCUGCCAUAUUACAGUUUGUGAUGGAGAUGGUAAUAAUAGAUCAGGAUCAGGAUAAUUAUAUAUCAGCUUCUUAUAUUGUUCCAGUAGUGACGAAUAAAAAUAGCUAGAUUUCUGUCCUAUUUAAAAAAUAGUGAAUUGGGUUGACAUGCAAAAUAAUAUACAAAAUGUAAGAUAAAAUAACAGGUUAUAAAUAAAUCUCCAAUUUAUGGGGUGGAUCCACCAAAUAAGGAGUUGAAACGACUGGUUACAUUUAAACUAAAUAGAGAGGAUUUUUUUUUAAAAACUGAGUAUUUUGACCUACGUUUUGCAAUUCAAUCGUCAAUCAACCAUAGUUCACUGUUUAGUAAAUACUCCCCCAAGACAAAUACAUUUACAGCUCAUUGGGAAAGGCUACGAUUACUAUUCUGUGUCUUCAAAAAACUAACAUUCACAUUAUUUUAUCUAUUCUCUCUCUCUCUCUCUCUCUCUCUCUCUCUCUCUCUCUCUCUCUCUCUAUCUAUCUAUCCUAUACAGUUAAUAAGUGUAAUCUAUUGUAGAAAGCUACUUUCAUAACGUCCUCCUUUGAUUAACCCUUUCGCUGCCAGAACAGCAAUGUUUAAUUUAAUCCCCUUUAUUGUAAACUAAAAUCCACAGCGAUUUAGACAACAAAAAGGCAAAUAAGAACAGGGAACGGAUCAAGUUUGUUUCUAUUCUGUAAAGUUACAAUGUACCCUGUGCAAGGAUUCCCAGUAUCUGCCCAGUGACUGCCUCUGGGGAAAUAGAACAAAAUGCUAGAUUAUCCCAGCCAGGGGAGCCCUAGGCUUUAGUUUUAAGUCAUUUACUAUAGACUCCAAUCAUACGUUUACACUAGAACCCGUCUUUACUAUAGAGAGGCGAUAAUUAAAUGAGUAAUCCUCUUGUAAAAUGGCCUUUUCUUUAAUUAUACCCCAGGUUAUAAUUUUAUUUGUAAUUUCGGUUUGCAAUAAUGUAUCUAUGAUAGAUUUGUAGAGGAUUGUAUGUUUCUAUUCGACCAUCCAAUAGGGUCUGUGAGACCGUUGUACAUUGUUUCUAUGUUGACAGUGUAUUUAAUUUCUAUACUUAUUGCAUAAUUUGUAUCUGUAAAUAUAGCUACACCAUAUAUAAUAACACCAUGUAAAAUGACUUGCAUUCUAACCACUACACAGAGCUCCCAUGCAUUGCUCAGGACACAUAUAAAACUCUACACUGCAGGGUUGUAUUGAAUUAAUCACUGCCCUGCAGGAUGGAUCUUUUAUAAGUGUCCCUAAUUAAAGGGCCACUACAGGUCACUCUUACCAUAAGGAAACUGAUUUCCCAUACAGUAACUGGGAAGACCUGUUUUCUCUAUGUGUCUGCUUUGAACAUGAAUUGGGUCCUCUAAAUAUUUCUGUAGCUGCUCAGUAUGACAUUUAUAGCUCCUCUGAGUGUAUUAUAGGCCUGCCAUGUGAAUGGCCCUCUCUGUUUCCCCCAUGCAGAGUGGAACUGGCCCCCAGGCGGCGUCACAAUGCAUUUGGCCCUGGUCAGGCGCUCUGCCCCAAUAGGCUCUGUGCAAACUCUCCCCAAUCUCAGAGUUCUUGUAGGCAGAUUAAACUGGCUCCUUUCUUCCUCACUUACUUUCAUCUUCUACUAUACCCGCCCUCUCUAGCCUCAGGCAAACAUUCGUGAAAUUUCUGCAACCUCCCCUUAUUCUUUUAAUUUUAUUUAACCCUUUUACAGCCACUAAACUGAAUGUGAUUGCACAAUGUGGACAAGAUGUAUUUUCCUAGACUGGCAUUGGCUGCCGGUUUAAUAAGUGUCAGGCCUGUAAAAUAUGUACAAUUCAGAUUAAGAUGGGUUCAGGUUAACUAAAAGUCUAAAAAACAAUCUGUGAGUGAUCUAAAAGGUAUGUAAUGUGUAGCAGCAGGUUUACAGUGCAACUGAGUGUGAUGGGGUUUCUAGUCCACUAUUUUCCACAUUGCUCUAGCGUACAUCAUUGUUGGAGUGAUUUAAUAGGCAGCCAGGAGUUGGAUUGAUUUUGGACUAAGGAGCAAUUGUUGGAUACCAGUAUCUGGGGGUUUUGUAAUAGUGUAUGUAUAAAGUUUAUUUCUAGUUUAAAUUAUUUUUAAACUGUGUUGGUUUACAAUCCUAGUACUAAUUUGAAUGUUUAAAAGAAUACAUGAGUGAGGAGUUAUUGAUAAAAAAAUUAAAUUCUGGGCCAACGUUCUAAACGUGGAGCAAUAACCAACGAAACUAAUGUGAUGUUCCACCUUUAGAACGUCGACCCUGAUUUGCUUUUUAUACGUAAUCGCCUGCCCUGUACGAUUAAUUUACUGUAUUUGUUAGCAGAAAAUGGGGAAAUGCCAGAACACUCCUGAUCCUAUCGUGUCUGGCUGAGAAUAAUGGUAGCGAGAGUACAUAGCAGCUGUGAACAUAGACUCAGUACUUAUUCCUGUAUAAUACAUUGUUCGAUAAGUAUUGGGAAUAAAAAGAAUAGACGUCAUCAGAUUGGUGAAUUAAAUAUAGUUUUUCUGUGAACAAAAGCCACCAGUGAUCAGUCCUGCGGUGUCCUUAGUGGGGAGAUAUUUGUCUGGUGUGGUCAUAGGAUGGGGACACGCGACUACCAGCCCAGAGCUUAAAUAUUUACAUCCAUCCUGACAAUCAGACACUUGUUCCCUGCUCUGAGAGGUGCCGAUGAGUUUGGUCAGGGCAGAUGGUUAUCACGAUAUUGAUCACGACAGUGAGGAGCUCACCAACACCCUGCGGGAUAGCAAUAUGUGAUUUUAGGUGCAAUUUGUUCCCAAUGAAAUUAUCAAUUCGUUAUUAAAUCAUCCAAAAAUAAUACUAACGUUUUAUUUUAGUUAUUUAUAAUAAUAAUAAUAAUAAUAAUAAUGAUGUAUAAUAAAAAUAUUUGCUAAAAGUUAUAUAAAUAAACAUUUUUAAAAAUAAAAUGUACUUAUUAGUAUUACAACUGCACCAAAAUGUUUUAAUAUAUCUUAUUGAUAUCAAUUAUUAUUUUAAAAAAAUAUAUAUUUAUUCAAGCUAUAAUUAUUAUUUUUUAAAAUUAAACUUGAUGAUUUUUUACUGGCAAGCCAUUAUGUUGUUAGCAUACACAUUCUCCAAUUAAUUAACGAAUUAACACCAAUACAUUUACAGUGUCUGUGUCUGAGAGAAUUUAUAGCAUGGUCAUAGUCAGUAUACUAUAUUUACCCCUUGAGGGAUUACAUGAAAAACUGGAAGUGUAAACCAAUAUCUAAAUGAAUUACUCCACAAAACAUUUUUUACACUCAGCACAUCAUCAUAUAGUGUAACCAAAGUUAUAGUGCCAAGUCUUAAUUAUUUUAUAUAUUUGUAAAAAUAUUUUUCUCAUGCUAACUGCAUGCAGUAUUUAUAUACAUUUCAAUCAUUAUAUUUAUAGAUAAAGUAAAAUAUUAACAGAAGCAGAAGUACUCUACCUAGGUCAUUUUGACUCUAAAAAACAAUGACAAGCAAGAAUGAAAGAAGUAUAGAACUCGAUAGACCCAUUGUACAGCGCUACAAAAUCUGAUGGCGCUAUAUAAAUAAUAAAAUACUAAUACUAAUAAUAGGCAUGCAUUAUAUGAUGUUUAAAAUGUCACAGUACUUGUAGUUUACUGAAAAAAAAAAAUCUAAAUCAAUUCCUAAACACAGGUGAUACUAAUGAAUUAUAAAUAAAUCCUUUGCUUGUUAUAAUUGAUUAUUGACAGUUUAUUGAACAUCCCAAUAAGCUCAUUAAAUGUGCGUCGAUUCUAAUCACCCCCCAUAGGGAAAGAUAAUUGACUGCAGAUGACCCAACACAAACUAUAGAACAAGCUGGCAUGAUUUCACACUGCUCCCAAUUCCUUAAAUGAGCAUCAUUAUUCCAGCAUUUGUAUCCAUUUAUGUGUUAUAGAGGUGCUAACAAUGCUGGAAAGAAUGUUGGUGUCUGCAGAGUUAAUUAUGGUAGUCACCAUUCUACUAAACAGAAAUACAGGACAGUGUUUAAUAUUUUCAGAAGAUACUAUAAUUAUUCAGUCACUUAUAACCCCCAACUCAUCAGCUGCCCAAUACUCAAUGUGGUAUGAAUUUGUUUUCACCCUUCUUGUCUAAGUACCCAUACCCAUUCAUGGCACUGCUCACUCCCCCCCUUCCUUCGCCUGUCAGUGCCCAAGGCUCAGUGUGGCAUGAACCCUUUCCUUCCUCCCUUGUGUCCCAAGGCUCAGUGUGGCAUGAGCCCUUUCCUCCCUCCCUUCUGUCAGUGCCCAAGGCUCAGUGUGACAUGAAACCUUUCUUCCCUCCCUUGUGUUAGUGCCCAAGGCUCAGUGUGGCAUGAACCCUUUCUUCCCUCCCUUUGCCUGUAGGUGUCUAAGGCUCAGUGUGGCAGUAACUCCUCCAUCACCUCCCCAUCCACACACCAGGUCUGGGACAUGGAGCUACAAUGUUUUCUCUGCUUCAUUUAAGAACCAAUGGAGUGAAUAAGUGGGUAAUAAAGCUUAGGCUUCUGGCUCUGUCUACCUGUCAUUUAGCACAUCUGAUUAAGCAACCAAAAACACACAGUAUAUGCACUGAUUGUAGUCUACAUACACUGGGAGUUACAAUCUGCAUGAUUUGUAUGUUAAUGUGGGACUAGAGGACAGUUUUUCAAAUGAAGGAAAACAGCAAUUUUCUCUAGUUCAUCUCAAUAACAAUAUCUCCAACAGUAAUAACCUCUAAUAUCAUUUCACAUAACAUGCAUCAGUAAUGUUAAUAUAUUAUAUAUAAUAUUAUAGUAUAUAAUAUUUCAGCCUAAUAACAAUAGGUCAAUCAACAACUAUCCAAAAUAUAAGCCCUGAUUUCAAUUCAGUGCAAUUCUGCUACAUUCUAAAUAUGGCAAUUCUCUAAAUUCAAGCCAGUGUUUGUACAUUCUGCACAUUUCCCAUUUAAAUGAAUAAAAACCUGAUUUUCAGCCUAACUGAACUUUUGACAGCAAUUGCUCAUGUAACCUACUGGAGGUAGGUUUAUUCCAUGGGAAAAGGAGUUCUGAAAAUCUUAUUGGCCAAUAUUAUGCUGUGAACUCAUUCUCCCAGCAGGCAAAGAACCUCAUAGGAUAUUCAUAGAUUCCAUCCAUCCAGCAGACAUGGGGUUAAUCCUGGGCUUGUACAGGGAAGGGAACAGUUAAAAGGCAAUUAAGUUGUUUUAAUGGCUUAUCUUAGGGUGCUUUACAGUUGUUUUACAACCAGGCAUUGAAAUGUGAAAGGGUUGUUUUAAAUCUCCCUGGCCAAAUAUUGAUUAAGUAGUUGUUUGUUGAUGCUUUUUUCACCUCUGAAAAGGGUAGUAGCUUUACCUCUUGUGUUUCAUCUGCUAUUGUUAUUGGUUCUUAAUGAGAUCAAAGAGAGACCGCUUCAAUGUAUCUGGCUUGGAAAAUCCUAUUUGACCACUAAACCCCAUUGUUGACUCUUGACUCAUUUUGGAACUCUCUAUGGCUAACGCCAAAUUAAUUAUCCUCAUAUUGCUAAUGUGCCACAUGAACUAUGGCAACCCUAUGUACAUCAGAGGCUUGUUAACUACAUUCCCCUUGAUUCUCCUGCACUGAUAUAUUUGCUUAGGUCAAAGGCUGGCGAUAGCUGCUCCAUCUUUUCAAAUAUAUGAUUUGGUUGAAACAUGGCAUCUACGUUACAUUAUAACAGAUCGAUUUGUUGGUUGUUUUUAUUAAUUUCCUGAGAAAUAUUUUUGCAUUAGUCUAUUUCUUGUAGAAUCUUUCUUUUCAAACCGUGUUUAAGUUUGACUUCAAAUUCAGUUUAUGUGUUAGAUCACAUUUAGAUGGGUUCACAUAAAUAAGUAAAAGUUGUGUCUAUUUUCUAUAUUCUUACUACUCGGCAUCGUCAUUUAUAGCUGCUGUUAUUUUAUUAUAACCUGUGCAUUUUCCUGUCUUUGUUACCCAUUGGAUUAAUAGGUUAUUGGCUUAAACCACCAAUCAGUAAUUCAUAAUAUAAAGAGGGAAACCUUGCAAAGGCUGCAGAGAUCUGCACCUAUUGCGAGCAGUUUUUAAAAAUACCGCAAUUAAAAAAUGCAUACUUCUUGUAUGUUUUCAUUGGGAAUAUAUCUACCAAAUAGUGAUUUUUUUAUAUUUUGUAUCUGGGCAGUGGAGUGUCCUUUUAAUAUCAUUGGUUACUACUAUUAUUAUGUAUUAUUUGGAUCUGAUUGAAAAAUUCAGCCAACACACAAUUGGAAUAGGUCUCCAAAACUAGCUAUUUUGGCCUAUAUAUUGCUGUUCGGAUUUCAGUUUGCUACAAUGCAGAGUUAAGUGAAUAAACCUGUAAGUUUUACAAAACUGAUAGUGUAGACCACGGUUUUAGCCAUAUAACAAUUUCUCCAAUUUGUUUAAAAAAAAAAAAAUUUCUGAGUAUUUAAAAAAAAAUAAAAAAUCUGCUAAAUCUUGUCAUUGAUGAGAAAAUAUAUUUCAACUCAUAUGUCGGACAAGUAAUGUAAGCCGGAGGGGGACCACAUUUAAAGAACAUAAGCUUCCUGUCUGCUGAUGGUGCAAUGCAUGCUGGGAUACUGUGGUAAAGUUAGCCAUCCGAUCUGUCUGCCAUUAUUGAAACUCCUCCUUUGUAGUACAACAGGGGCUAGGACAAGGAGGUAUAUUUUUCCCCCUAAUAGAGUGUUCUUGAAUUGUAAGUUUGAGGGAUUUUCUUUUUUUAUAAAUCUAAGCUUUCUUUGAAAAGUAAACAAAGAAAUACAACAAUCAAUUUAACAGUUCGGUAUAGCUUGCAUAUAUUGGUGUUAUGUUAUACUGUAACAAUAUAUUGUACAGUGCUGCACACCGGAUAAACACCACAUACAAGUACUUUGUAAUAUGAGAAAUUUAGACAUGCUUCCUGAAUGUGACUGCUGAUUGACAUCCAUAUUUUAAAUUUUUGCCUGCACUAGUAAACUUUCUUAUAAUACACUAGUGAGGUUUAUUCAAUAAGCAAUACAUUAUAGUGAAUUGAAAACCAAAAGGCAAAAUUUCUGUAAAAAGUGUUGAUUUGGAAAACAAUCUCCAAACCAUCUGUAUUCAUAGCGUGGCAAUUUUAGUCUUAAUUUUGCAGCUCAGCUUUCCGGUGCACUAACUCUUUUUCCUGGCACUAUAGGGUCAUUAGGUCCCCCCCAUCCUCAGGGACCCCCUCCCGCUGGGCUGAAGGGGUUAAAACCCCUUUAGCCACUUACCUUUCGCCAGCGCCAGGCUCCCUCUGCACUGGGGAACUCUCCACCCCCUGGUGACGUCAGCUCCGAAUGUGCAUGCACGGGUGCGCAUUCCAGCCGCCCAUAGGAAAGCUUUCCAAUGGUCGUCCAGCGUCUUUUCACUGUGAUUUUCACAGUGAGUAUCGCGGAAGCGCCUCUAGCGGCUGUCAGUGAGACAGCCACUAGAGGCUUGAUUAACCCUGCAGUGUAAACAUAGCAGUUUGUGAAAUUGCUAUGUUUUCAGGUGCAGGGUUAAAACUAGAGGGACCUGGCACCCAGACCACUUCAUUACACUGAACUGGUCUGGGUGCCUAUAGUGGUCCUUUAAGAAAUUUAUUUUCAAGCACAGAACAUUGUUCCUCAUACACACCAUAAGUAUUUGACAUAACCCCCAAACCCAACUAUAUGAUAUUAUCCAAGCGGAAUAAAAGCAUUGUUUUGUAUUGUAAAUUAUGCAAAAAGCAGAAAAACUGUAUGCUAUAGCAUAUAGCAAUCACUUUGUUAUUAAAUAGAAAAGAUAAUUUGAAGCAUGACAUUGAAAGGAUUGUGACACAUAACAUGUAAUAUGUGAGUCACAAUGAUUCCAAUGGAUAAUACUUAUUUUAGAUAUAAUCGUAUUGAAUCAGGGGCAAAGUUUAGUACCCCUGGUACGUGUGUGUUAAAAAUCAGUAGUUUUUUUACCUGCACUUUUAUAUUAUUAGACAUUGGGAAAAAUAAUAAUCAUAAGGGCAAAACAUUUGCUAAAUUACUAUCUGCUGAUUUACAAAGUAAACUGUAGUAAUUGAAUGAAUAGUCUUAAUGAUCUCUCAGGAAUAUGGAUGUCAUUCUCAAUUAGUGCUAAUGAGCUGUUAUUGGAGGCCCUCUUCCUUUGGUAAUAAAGUCUAUAAGCCUGUUAGUACAGAAAUAGUUUGUCUAUUGGAAGGUGACUGCUACAUUCCUUGCGCAUACACGCACACACACACACACACACACACAUGCGCACACAUACACAACAACAUUUAUUCUUUGUAAUACACACACCAUGUAUCCUCUGUAUUUUACAAACACACACCUCUGUAUCUGAGUUAUUACAACGUCUUAAACUAAAAUGUAAUGCUCGUGUUUAACCCCUUAAGGACACAUGACAUGUGUGACAUGUCAUGAUUCCCUUUUAUUCCAGAAGUUUGGUACUUGAUGGGUUAAAUACCAUUAUGUACUGAUGAAUGCACUUUUAGUAAUAGCUGGCAAAAAACCCAAACAACAAACAAACAAAAAAACCUCAAUCCAAAUAGCCUCUGAAAUUUAAUAAUCAAUGAAUAAGUAAUUAUUGUAAGUGACUGAGACUUUUCCUUUAUUAUUGUGAAAUCAUUGUCAGAAAUAUUUUACAUGUUCAUCACAAGAUCAAAAAACGUUGCAGAACGGACAAUUGAUAUUUUGCGUUGGUUUUAAAGGUUUUUAUAUAUUUACUGUGUCAGAAGUUGAAUAUAUCUUAUAGCUGUUACAGUGUGGUUAGGGCCAUUUGUUUUCCACUAGAUCUUUUGUAAGGUCGAUGGGACCCACCACAUCGUAAUGUUAUUUAAACUGAGGAUGGAAUCAAUCGUUUUGAUAGUACAAUUGCUUAUUAAUGUGUUGUAUAUUUAGGGAAAUGGUUCAAGGCACCCUUGAGAUAUUCGGAAACAAAGAAAUCAAUAUAAGCAUCUACAUAAGCCUCAUAAUUUUCAUUGAUCUUUAUGUUUGUAACCUGUUCCUGCAAUCGUCUUACAUUAUACAUGUGUUUUUAUGCGAGUGUAAUGAUUCAUUUUCACAACAGUUUAUGUAUUCUUUAGAGAGCUCAAAACCCACUGUAUCAGUUUCAAUCAGAAUAACAAAUGAAAUCUUGUGAUACCAGUCUUUGGAAGGGUAUUCACUGAAAUCAUAAUUUACAGCCAUACUGAAAAAUGUAAAUAGGUAAACCCAACUGGAUUAACAAAAAUAUCAGUUAAUUACUGGCUGCAAUUUGCUUAACAAUUUGAAUAUUGGCUCUGACUUUGCAAAUUGAAUUAGAUUGUAUACAUAUUGAAUGAAAAAAAUGUAUAAGUGCUAUAAACAUUGCACCUGAAUACAUGCAGAGAUUUUGAAACAUUUAGUUAGUGAUUGUGCGUAGAGGUGGGGAAUUUGUUCAUGUAAUACAUAUGUAAAUAAUAUUAGAUUAGCAUAAUAUAUAUUUAUACAGUUGUGUAUAUAUAAAAAGAGAAUUGCACGGUAAAUAAGUUGAUUGUAAACCUGGCUUGUAUUCACUAUUGUGUUUUGUGAGAUUAGUUUAAAAAAAACCAAAAAAACACAACCAAAUCAGUGGUGUUUCUUUAGGAAGCUAAUUUUCUGGCUUGACUUUCUCUUCUUCUUUAAUGGAGUGUUUCAAAAUGAAUAAUGAGGGCACCAUGUAUUUAAAGGGCACUAGCACAAUUUGGGAAGAAUGCUUGCAUGAGUGCAAAAAUGUGUUUGGGAACAUGUGCUUGGGAGUGUAUCAUCUCACAUUUUUAAUUAGAGAAAAGUUUUCUGACACCAGUGCCUGUUCCAGGUCCAAUCACACUGUAGGGUGGAGCUAGAGCUUUAUUCAGUAAAAAUGCGUCAGGCAACGUUUUGACAAUCUAUGGAUGUUUGUCAGGGAUACUUUUUUAAUAUGCUUCUAAGAUAAUAAAUGGCAGAUCAAACAGGGUGAGUUAAGCCUUGAACAUAAAAUCAAUAUAGGGACUUCAACAAUUUGUGCCAAAAAUCUUCUGUUGAGAUUUUAAUCUCUUUGACUUCAUACCAAUGUAUACUUGGGUGCAUUUGCCAAUCCGAUUAAAGGACCACUCUAGGCACCCAGACCACUUCAGCUUAAUGAAGUGGUCUGGGUGCCAGGUCCUUCUAGGGUUAACCCAUUUUUUCAUAAACAUAGCAGUUUCAGAGAAACUGCUAUGUUUAUCAAUGGGUUAAGCCUUCCCCGAUUCCCUCUAGUGGCUGUCUCAUUGACAGCCACUAGAGGCGCUUGCGUGCUUCUCACUGUGAUUUUCACAGUGAGAGCACGCCAACGUCCAUAGGAAAGCAUUGACAAUGCUUUCCUAUGUGACCGGCUGAAUGCGCGCGCAGCUCUUGCCGCGCGUGCGCAUUCAGCCGACGGGGCGGAUCGGAGGAGGAGAGGAGACAGAGAGCUCUCCGCCCAACGCUGGAAAAAGGUAAGUUUAACCCCUUUUCCCCUUUCCAGAGCCGGGCGGGAGGGGGACCCUGAGGGUGGGGGCACCCUCAGGGCACUAUAGUGCCAGGAAAACGAGUAUGUUUUCCUGGCACUAUAGUGGUCCUUUAGCCCCUUAAGGACACAACUUCUGGAAUAACAUGGAAUCAUGACGUAAUAUUUCCGUCACGUGUCCUUAAGGGGUUAAGGAAGUAAAGGAUAAAAACAAAAAACAAUGCGACAUAUAAAAAGUAAUACACAUACAAUCCCCCCCCCCCAAAUAAAAAAAUAAAAUAAAAAACACAUAACAAUAUAGACAACACAAUUUAUUGACAUGUUUGAGUUCAGUUUCCACAAUAUGAAAAAUUAAAGCAUUCAAAGCUAUUAUUGAAGUUUAUGUCAGUGUACAUGCUGGCCCAUCUAUUGCAUGAGGUAUUGUAAGGCAAUGCAGACUUCCAGACCCCUUUACAGAAAUGAAAUGGUUGCAGAAGAAAGAAUUUGCUGGAUUCAAACAUACCACAUCCACAAUUAAAUCCCUACACCCUGAUUAAAAGAAAGAUGUUGCUAUUAACUUGCUCUGUUUGUGCAGUUUAAAGAGAAUGUAGGAAAAUUAGUCCUGACAUAAACCAUUCAUUGUGACUCAAGAGGAAAAUGAGAACAAAAAUCUGUUUAAUUGGACUUUAUGAUAUAUGUUUAAGUACGUUACCCUAGGAACCAGCUGUACCGAGAGAUGGGGUCUGUUUAUGGAGUAACCUCUCUGUUCUAAUUACUUUCAAAAAGAAUUGCAGAGGGGACAAGAAUUUAAAUAGUUAGACAUAGCAAAGUAAAAUGCUGAAAAUGUACAUUAUAUAUACAUUAUGGCUUGACUGGUGUGCAGAUUUUUCCUUAACAUUGUAUUAACUAACCAUAUAUAUAUAUAUAUAUAUAUAUACACACACACACCAGACAUUGAUAAAAGGGUAUGUUCGAAAACCUUUUUAUGUUUAUUUGUUGAAAAAGAUGCAGAGCUGGAAGAUUUUCAGCUGUUUGUUACUAUAAUUACAAAAGUCACAAAGCCUGCCCCUAGUGGAGUGGGCUUGUACUCCUUGUUGUGUUACAGUUUACUAGCAAGACACGCUAUAAUAUUCUAUGUUUUUUGCAAUGUCUGUUGCACUGCAAAUGAUAUGUUAUGCAAAUGGUACAAUCUUCAUGUCAUGGGUAAUGUUAAAAAAGAGGACUUGUGUUGAUGUCAUCAGUUGAUGUUUAACCUAAAUGGUGUAGGACAGAGGUAGUCAACCUUUGGCACUCCAAAUGUUGUGGACUACAUCUCCCAUAAUGCUACUACAACCAUAGUGCUGGCAAAGCACUAUGGUUGUAGUUCUAAGUGAUUACUUUUCUAGCAUCCUAUUUCAUUACCAGACUUAUACCCUUUGUGUCACAUUACCCCACUCCCUCUAGCAUGCACGCUCAUUGAGCAGGGCCUUGAACCCCUCUGUUCCUGUGCGUCCAUUUGUCUGGUUACAAUUACGUGUCCGUUAGUCCACCCAUUGUAUAGCGCUACGGAAUUUGCUGACGCUAUAUAAAUAAUAAAAUAAUAAUAAUAAUAAUCCACAACAUCUGGGGUACCAAAGUUUGCUUACCCCCAGUGUAGGACCUGGUGUUAAGGAUGUGGUUAGUUGCCUGAUUACCAUUAGUGCUCUUGAUGUGUAUUAAUUUCAGCAAUGUAUUCUAUGUUUAAUGUUGGCUUACAUUGUCAAUGCAGAUGUUUGUGGAUUACAUUCCCCAUUACAGAGUACACAACAGUGUCAAGGUUAGCUAGCAAGGUAUACAACAGUAUAGCAAGGUUAGCCUGCCAUAAGGCCCUUAACAGUUUCACUAUUGUUAGUAAAUACUAGCAUAUUCCAUGACAUUUUAGUUUACAUUUGUCUUGGUACUAGCACUAUAAAUAUUGGUGGAAUUAAUAUGGUAAAGGGGAUGACACCGAACAAUAACUUCACAAAUAGUCUGUAGACCAGUGGAUUUUUAAUCCAUAAAUUUGCACAUAUGAGCGUCUUUGAUUUUACGCAUUUAAUACAAGUUGUACAGUCAGAAAUCAGAAUAUUGAGCAUGAGGUUGCUAUAGUAUCUUGUCUGACAAUUGGUCCAAGUUAAAAGCAUGUAACGUGAAGGUAUCUGUCUUAUGUUUUAUUAAUGUUUGUUGUGAUUUAUAGUCCAGAUGCGUGUGGCUGUAUCUGGACUCAAUAAAAGGGAAGCAAUUGUUUAGGAAACAAUUUGUUUCUUUAAAUACAGAUAAUGAUCAGUGAUAGUUAUGUCCCCUCCAGCAGUGAAAAGAUUUUCAUGGCACAAAUUCCACCUACCUUUUUGGUAAGUUACUAUUAGAAAGAUGGCUUCACUAAAUUCUUUUUUUUUUUUUUUGUCUAGAGACAUUUAAUUUGCAGAAAUACAUAGGCAGAAACAAGAUAGUAGGAAGAUCUGAAAAUUAGAAACAGGGAAAAGGCCCCUCUGAAUGUUUGCACAUGCUAGGCUUAUACAUACACAGCUUUGCUAUAGUAAAGAAUCCAUGCGUACUUGUUGAAUUUAGAACUAUGUUGUCCAUCUUUUUAUCGCUCACCUGUCAUCCAGAAAUGUUUCCAUUAAAUGUUUCUUUAAAUAAGCAUAUUUAAUGGUGCCAACAGCAGAGGUAUAUACACGGCUAUCAUCAAUUUAAAAUAUUUAAUAUUUCACUUUGUUCAUGAUAAAUCCUGUUUUGUAAGUUUAAUAUUAAGGUUGGGGGCUGGGUACUAUUAAAGGGACACUAAAGACACCCUUAGUGUCCCUGUCCCCCUUAGUCCUGCAUUGUAAAACAUUGCAGUUUUUGAGAAACUCAUUGAAAUAACAAGACAGCCUCUAGUGCCUGUCUACAAGACUGCCACUAAAGGCAUUUCUUCAAGUUUACCGGACUCCUGGUUGCUUAAAUGAUGCUGGACGUCGUCACAUUCUGCAUGAGGACAUCCUGCAUCAGUAAAAUCCCCAAACAAAAGCAUUGAGGCAGAACUUUCCUAUUGGGAGAGUCUAAUGCGCUCGUAUACUCGCUAUGCUCAUGUGCAUUAGGGUAUCCUAUCGGAUGAUGUCGGGGUCGGGGGGAGAGGGGGAGGAGAGCAGACCCAAUGCAGAGGGAGAUUGGCACUAUGAGUAAAUAAAGUCUGCAGGUGGGGGGUUAGGGUGUGCUCAGUAGAUUGGGACCAGAGGGCACUAUAGAGUUAGAAAUACAGAUUUUUAUUCCUAACACUAUAGAAUCCCUUUAAUUAUGUUGCACUUUAUGACCUUACAUGUUGUCAGACAGGAUCAUAGAUAGAUAACAUUGUUUUAGACCAUAUUUUUCAAAGCAUAAUUUUGGAUAACAGACUGCCCUCUAUCUAGUAAGUAAAGCACACACACAUCCAUAUAUACACACACCCUACUAAUUCACAAUUUGUUAUAACUACUUUACAUGGACAAAAAAAGUACAAUUCAUAAAGCACUUUCUAAACCUCAUAGUGGAUUUAGGAAAAAUAAAAAAACAUCCACAGUUUUAACAAAACUAUAUUGUGCAAGAAGAGGAAACAAUUUAAUGAUGCAAAACAUUUAUUGUUAUAUUUUGUAAACAUUUAAUAUAAAUUUUUCUUACCAUCGUGUAAACCUUCAAAUAAUUUUGUAUCUUACUGACUACCGUCCUCUUAAACGUAUGCAUGAUCGUACUUGAUAAAUCUUGCAGACUUAUACACAUGAAUAAAUCAGUCUUGGAGAGGGUAGGAAUAUCUUUUUGACGCAGUUACAAAAUGGCAGACUGUUUGCUAGCUGUGAAAUUGACUAUUGGUUCAACAGUAACCUUCCUAGUUUGUUGUUACAUUCAACCUUUUGCAAACAGGAAGUAAUCUGUAUCACAUGAUCAUCUUCCUGGUCACAAGGCACUUUAGAUACAUUGGUGAUUAAAAAAGUUACAAUUCGAAACCUCAAAACAGAAUGGAACAGACAAUAUGAUUAAAUGUUUUGGCGUGAACGCUGGAAAAUUAAGAAACACAGAACCUAAGAAAAGAGUGUCGGGGACAAUAACAGUGGCAGCAGGGGGACUUGGUGACGACAGAAUACGGAGGACAGAGGAGAGAGGUGAGCAUACGCUCACUGAUUUGUACUUAUUAAAUAACAAAAGUCUGUUUCUUUAUCAUGUUAUCAUUUGCUUAAUAAAAAUUAGCUACAAUAACAGCAUCAGUUUAAAAACAUUCUUAAAGUCUGGAGGAUUUUCUUUCACAAUGGACAUGAAUACUGUUCAGAAAUACAAACACGCAAAGGAUAACUUUAAGUCUGAAAGGGAAACCUGGAGUGGCUAAUUGAAUAAGCCUGGGUCCCCUUAAUAUGUCAUGGUGAGUGCAGUGAACGUAUCAUAAUUAGGCUUACAGAGAGCCAUUCCAACAAUCUGCUUCCAUUCUCCUGAGCCAUUGUCCGCAUCUCGGCAAAUAGCCAGAGGACAAAGGGGAUUCAAGUGCUGACAAAACAUGAAAGAGGGAAAAGAUUUAGCUGCUUUUAUCAAAGAAACUGAGAAGGACUCUGUUUGUGUAAAUAACGCAGAGUAACUGGACGGCCUUGCAUUUAGGCAAUGCUGUUUUCAUUACAAUUAAUUCUUGACAUGCUGGAAGAGGUCCACAAAGAUGAAGUUCUACCACAACUUUCAUUUGCAAAUUUAAAACAGUUGGCCAAAUAAAAAGCUGUAUCAAGAGGGCUUAACCCUCUUAUCAGAAACUUGGCACUCCACUUCGAUGGGGCUACUUCCACAGCACUGAGAGCUAAGAAGGACAGAAGAUGACAAGUCCGAGGCUGCAGGUUCUAAGCCAUCAUUUGUGGUGGCUACGUGGUCUUUCAAAACAAAUAUAAUACACAAUCAUAAUUUGACAGCUACUAUAGAACUGGCGACACAAACAGACAGAUGGGUGGAAUGUAGAAUCUGCUACAAUGAAAUUAGUGUACUUUGGGAAUAAUUGGCUAACCACUGAUAUAAUUACACAGAAAGGAGGAGAUGGUCUGGGAGUCAGCAGCGUUCCUUAUUAAUAUUUAAACCAGACCUGUCACCUGAAAUUUUCUUUAUAUAACCAGUUUAAAAUAAUAUUCCCAACAUAUUAUUUACAUUUUUAAAACCAGUAAACAAACAUAAAAAAAUCUAAUGUGAGCAUGUGACGUCAGCAACCAAUCAGAACUUGACUUCAGUAGAUGAGCUGUUAAUCUCCAGUAUUAUGCUUUGUAGGAACAAGGAAAUAGAUGCUCUAUCAGUUAAUCUGUCAGUGCUGAAUGCCAUCAGUGCCAGCAGGAAGUUUAUUUAAUUUUAAUUAUAACACAUAUAUAAAACCUUUGGACACAAGAUAUUGGCAGUGCUGUAUGAUAGGGUAAAUAAAUCUUCUAAUGGCUAAGUUAUUUAAAUUGCUCCAAGUAUAUUUUGCUAUAUAGAUUUACAGAUACAAUUACUUGACUAAAUUCCCCUGGUUUUUAAAGAGAAAAAAAAAAAGGAAAUAAUUUUCUGGUCAUCUGAAGAACUCUACUGACACAAUUAAUGACAAAAUGUACUUAAAGCGUUACUCCAUCCAAAAUACAGUGUUUUUAUAAACCCCCAAAAAUGUAAUAGAAAAGGGUAAAACUUAUGUUGUUCCUGCAGCCCUUAGGCUUAUACACUAUUUUUGUCCCAGAAUAUAUCAAAGAAAUGUAAUUGUGACACAUAAGAUUAAACCAAUCACAGAAUUUCUAAAGUUGUCCAAUGGUGAUGUCUUUUUUCUGCAAUAUUUACAUGUGCAGUCACUGCUGUCUUGAGACUUGUUUCUAAAAUCCUAAUGGACUUGUAACAAAAAUACCUAUGACAACUUUGUAUGGAUGUUGGAAUACGAUCACAAAGAUCAGUAUCUAGUGACUUUUUUUGCCCUGCACUCUUUGCUUCCGCAGAAAUAAGGGGACAAGAGGAAAGAGUUAAUUGAAGUUGAUAUGUUUUAGUGCUCCCAAUCCAGUGUUUCCAAAACCAAAUUCUUUUGAUUGUUUAUGGUUUGAUACUAUUCUCUUUACAAUGCACAAAAAAUAAUGUGUGGGUUCAUUUAAAAGAUCAGUUAAAAUAUAAAAUGCAGAAACACAGAAGCCUAUACAAUGUUAUGUCUCCUGAAUCCAAGAUUGUGCUUGGACAUUCGGGAAAACUGAUCAUCUACACACUCAAAACUUCAGUCCACAAAGGGGAAGGUUUCAGGCUGAGUAAGCUUUCAUUCUAUUCCAAACAGUCUAUUGAGCCCUGGACGCUGUGCAUUUUUAUGACUGUUUAAUGUAGUUCCUAAGUCAAAUAAUCAUUAUUGUGUUGAAUAAAACAUGUCUGUGUUUUUAUUGCUGCUGCUCAGAGGGAUUUCAAGAUUAGUGCAACGCAGCUUUCUCUCUCCAAAUGAGGUCAACAACGCACCAAAAAGUUGUUCAUCUCGAUUCUAAGUUUUUGCCACAUUUUGCAAUAUAACUAUCUGACAAUGUUUGAAUGAUGCCAGAAAAAAAAACAUUUAUUUACUAGAGCUUGAAGUCAGAUCAAACAGACACAAUGAGAAAGCACAACGUUUUAUUCUGAAUAGAGUCUUUUGCAUCUGAUAAAAGCCUAUUCAGCUUGAAACGUUGUCUUUAUUGUCCCUUCAAUCUCUGAAGUCCAACGAAUCAAUAGUUUCUGUAGCAUUCUUUUAGCUGAGAACUUUUUUUUGUAAGUAGGCACUGGGAUUUUUUUAUUUUUUUAAAUAGAACAUCAUAGGAAAUAAUUUCUCAUUGUUUAUAUUUUUUUAAUUUUCUUGGAAUACAAAAAAAAAGCAUAUUUUCAAAAAUAAUGAAAACAUCACACCAUUGCAUUAUGUUGAAAUAUGCUUGGAAAUAGUUUCUCGAAACAUUGCAUAUUUAUAACUAUAAGUGUCCGGGAAGCCAUUCGCAUUGAUACUUCCAUUUUCCGAGUUAUAGACUCCGGUAUGGAGCACAAAAAGAAGGCAGUGGUGUACUAAAAUAGGAUUGCCCAUGAAGAACCAUCAUUUAUUACAAACAAAAAAUAUACAAUAGACAUGGCAGUACUUUAUUAUAUCUCUGUCUGUAAACACGAACAUACAAUUUCUAUAAUAAUUAGGAUAUUUAAUUAUGAAAUGAACAUCCCUUUGUGCUGUCUUCUUUACUUUGGCAUGUUUAUCAAUCCACAUAAGCUAUAUGUUGAACAUAUCUAAGGUUGACAUCCCCCAUCUGUAGGAUGCUAAAUACUUUCAUUAGCUGUUGACCUACACAAGACAAUAAACUACAGUAACACUAACAGCUAAAUCAUUAUGAAAAAGGUGAUAGUUUGCUCUGCCAAGUGUUCCUUAUUUGCCAAGAAUAUUUCACUUUCCAAAUAGUAAAUCACAUAAGGAAAAAAUAACACAUGGCCAAUUGAUUGGGAAAAUGCAGUAAAAUGUCAGCUUUGUUGUAUGACUGUAAGCUACGUGUAGCCGUAGCUAGGAGUUCUGGUUGGAGAUACUGUAAGCAGUGUUGGUUGUGCUAUGGGUCUUUCCAUGUCAAGUCUUCACCUGGCAAGUGUUCUGGAAUUUGUUACAUUCACUUGUUGGAUCACCUGAAACAUGUUUGGAAACUUGUUCCAUUCAUUUUUUGGAUCUUUGGCUUUUUCUUUAGAAUUGGAAUGUACAAACUUGGUCCUCCAGCUGUUUUUGAACUACAGUUCCAUGAAUGUUCUACCAGCCAGCAGGAAAAAAGUGCAACAAAAGCCAAAGGGAUGGAUUUUAUAAUUGAAUUAACGAUAUAACACGUUUUCUCACUCUCAUCUAUUCAAACACAAUAUAAACAAAACAAUAAAAGGAAAACAUGAAGUUAAUGUGACCGAGAGACUAACAUGUUAAUGGACACUUUGUCUAGUAUAUUACUGGUUACUGUAUGUGUUAAUUAUGUGUUAAACAGGCAAAAUUAGAGGUUAGUAGUGAUAGCAGGGGGCAAAUAAAAGAGCAGAGCUUGUUGAGACUUCACAGACCUGAUUUUCAUAUGUAAAGAAUGACACUGUAUUCAUAGAGAGAGAGAUGGGGAAAAUCACAGCUUUACUAAGACUUCCCACUGCUAAAAGACAUUUAUUUUACUUACUCCUGUGAAGCUUUCUUUUGCAUAUUGCAAUCCAGUUGGGGCUGAUCCAUAGAGACAUUUUUUUUUCUUGCAAUAGAAAAAUAAAAUCUGUUUUAGACUGAUACAUGUAUGCUAGAAAAAAACAUGGAAUGUCAUUUUUAAUUAGUUCGGUGGAUUAGUAUCCCUUCCUCAUUGAUGAAGGAAUAGGUUGCUCAUAGGCUCAGAAACUAAUCAUGUGAAAGUUUUUGUGUACUUUUGGAAAAAGAAAACAAAAAUGCCCAUUUUCUUAGUUUAUAGAAAAUGAUCAAGGCACUCCAAUAGUUUCCAAUUCUUAAGGCAAUUUAUUUGGACCAGGAACUACAAAGCUUUGUAGUUCCUGGUCCAAAUAAAUUGCCUUAAGAAUUGGAAACUAUUGGAGUGCCUUGAUCAUUUUCUACAAAUUUAUCUACUUUGGUCCUUUUGGGUACAGGGAAUUUUUCAAGAGCACCCUGAAUUCCUUAGUGAGGAGAUGAGUGCACUUCCAACUUUGAGUAUACAUUUUCUUAGUUUAGGCCUCUCAGACAUGCUUAGUCUGCUUUAACAGGAUUUUUGAUGUUAUUUGGUUUUGCAUUCGGCCAUCACUUCUUGGACACCCUUUUUAUUCUCUCUUUUAGAGCUGACAGUUCGUAACAGCAUUCGAAGGUGGAGUAGGAUCUCUUUAAAGUGAUUGCUGUUACCCACAUACAUGUUUGUAAGGGUUUGUGUUGUUAACCAGGGCAUUAAUCUACCUUUGGGUUAGGGUUGAAAACAUGGGGUAAAAUUGGCAAUGCUCAACAAGUUAGGAAGCAGAAUUACAUUUUGGGGUAGAGUCUAGUGCCCCACCAUAUUUCAGCCAGUCACCACCUCACCAGCCGCCACUGCUUCUAAAGUCUGUUUCUUAUCACUCAUAAGAUGAUCAAGCCAGUGUAUUCAUUCACUCACAAAAGCAUAAGAAGCACUAAGAAUUUAAUCUUUUUUAUAUUAGUCCAGCUAUUGUUAAUGAACACGCAACUUAUUUUUCAUUACAGAAAUGACCUUUUCAAAUGCCAAGCUUCAUGCAAAUUUCAUGCCAUGGAAUACACUAAUUCAGUGUUUGAACUCUAGGCGUAUAUUUAAAUCACCAACAUUUCCAAUUAUUGGACCUAAAAAACAUUCUAGGAUUGAUACUUUCAUAUCAUAGCAAGGCUUUAUAAACCAUAAACUAUGCUAAAUUAGCAACAGGCGGCUGUUAUCGCUGUAUAAUGCAACGUGUUCUGCUAUUUCAAACUCAAAAGCCUUACACUUAUCAUGUAAUUAAGAACCUGGACAAAAUGAGUAAAUUGUAAAUGAAAAUGACAAAAUUCUACCACUGUGAAUCGAAUUAAUAAGUCAUAUUGUAUGUACAAACUUUGCUAAUGCUACUUCUAGAACCUUGAAGGCAUCAAAAGUUAUAUGAUCGUCAGAUAGAGGUUUAUACUGUCUUUCAAUGUUUUGCAAUUCUUCUAAAUAGAAAUGAGUUUUUCAUAUUGACGUUCAAUACAUUUGAUGAUGCUCUACUUAUUUAUUUUUUAGCUUGACCUUUGUAUAACUCCUUCAGAUGGUCUCAGGCUAUAAUGGAACAAUAUGGAUGGAUUUCUAUUUUCAACAUUCUACCAAAGUAAUAGCAUAAGUUAAUUUAAAGGAAACCAUAUACAAAUCACAUAAAAAAUGUGAAAUAAAAAUACAGUAUUGAUAAUUAGCAAACAACAACAAUGAAAUCAAAUGAGCUUGUUUAGUUGUCCCCCAUGGGGUAUUAGAGAGUCAAUUGGAGUUGUAUGAUUCUUUUUUAUUGUGUUUUUAUGUUUGUUCAUCCUAAAUGACACUCUUACUCUUUUGCAUAUUAGUAUUACCCAUAAUCAUGGAAAUAUUUUCUUAAACUAAUAAAGAAAAAAAAUAGAUUUGUAAUAUCUAUAAAAUGUUAAACCCCCAUUAACAGAAAAACAAAAAAAGCAAAAACAAACAAACAAAAUUAAAAAUAUCUCAUAAUAUUAUCUCUAGAUCUUUAAAAUGAUUUUGAAUUUAUUUAUCACCAAGACAACAAAACUGGGCUGAGAUCAAAAAGAAAUAAUGAUAAAAUCACCAAUACUCUCAUUUGUUCCCAAUUUCCUACCAUAAAUCUGACUUACUCUUGUGUGUAAACCUUUACCUUCUGUCUCUAUUGUCCCACCGCCCAAUAAAUUGCAAGCUUGUAAAAUCGGGGUUCUCUAUCCGUGUGUACUAGUUAGCAGCUAUAUUAUGAUAAACUUUAUGCAAUGUUUGUUAAACGUUUCGGUAAUAUGAAGCCUGCAACUGAAUGUAGAAGAUGCACUUUUGCAGUUUAACACCCCUCUAUUGAGAACUAUGAUUGCGAAAAAGGAGUAUAUAUUUAGAAAAAGAAAAACAUUUGUCUAAGCUACAUUUUCCUUAAACCACAAUUUGCACAAUAAGUAGCCCCAGUCCUAAAAAUUAACAAUACAAUGAAUAAUCUUUCUGUGAGACAUUUUGCCUCUCUCUGUGUUAAUAUUUUUAUUUCAAUUACUUGUGAAAUAUUCUCACUCUAUAGUUGUAAAACAUUGCAGAAUAUAUUGGCGCUAUAUAAAUGCAAAGAGUAAUAAUUAUAAAAUAGAAUACACUUGUGGCAAAGCAAUAAUCAGGCAUGAGAAAUGUGGAAUUUUUAAACUAGUUAGUGUAUUCUGUAAAGAAUAUUGGUGUACAGCUCUGUUUCUAGUUUAUAAGUCCAAGACGUGUGUGUAUAUACACUUGUUGUAAUGGUUUUUGUUGUGUUGUUUUUCUAUCUUGUUUCCUUGUUUACUCUUGUUUGUUUGAACUAAUCAUCUCUUAAGUAAAAAGUUCUUUUUGGAUCCGUCAGCUUUCACAAGGCCUUGCCUUCAAUAAAGCCUUUAACAGUAGUGUUCGGUGAAGCAUUAAAACGUGCUUAUCUGCAAGUGAAUGGAGUGGCUUUGUUUCAGUAAGGCCUCUUUCUCUUUUGCCACUCGCAUUGUGACCCUUUGGUAUCAAUUCAAAGGCCAAUUAAAGAAUGCAACCAUCUUUGAAGUGAAGCAUUGAGGGCGCAGAGAGGGAUGAACCUGGCUCUCUGAUGGACUGUGCUCAUUCAACGUGCCUUUUCAAGGCAGUUUCUAGAGACUCAAAAAGAAUGAAGCAGGGGAAGGUCAAGUAGAAAAAAAACGACCAAAGAAACAGCUCCUAUUUGUUUGGAAUAUUAGCCGAGCAAACUGCAAAUAGCAACAAAAUGAAACUGUUAAUGGUUCAGUCAGACACAGACUUGUCAAUCAUGUAAUGUGAACAACAGUAGACGCACUAAGACUCUAGUCUACAGAGUUACCUAAUUAUCUUGGGAAAGCCACAAGCUGGAAUUAAUUGUAUUGUAGAUCUCACUGCUUAGAAAAGGUGAUAAAUAUGCACUGCUUUAUAAAUAUACUACGGGACUUGCAAUGUAAAAUAGACAGUAGGAGAAGCAGUGCUUUGAAUGAAGAAGUGCACAUUAUGGAGAGGCAGUGUGCAAGAAUUGUUUUGGUCAACGUUUCAUGGAGAAAAUCUCUAAAAAUGGGAGUUUUACGUGAAAAGGGUUAGAUUGUUAGCAAACUAAAAAAAAUAUGUAAACUUCCCCAAACCAUCCAAUAUUUAGUCCAUUAUUAGGGUGUACAUUAAUUCACUGAAUAAGUUAAAUCUAACGUGAAAACAUAUAUAAUAAAUGAAAAUGUGUAAUUGUGAAAUAUUAUAACUCAUUCUAGUAGAAAAGUAUUAUAGUAAUAAUUAGAUUUUGCUUAAAUAAUUGCCCUCUCUAUUGAUUAAGUUAAUUUUGAUGUAGUAUGCUGUUUAGCAGAACAUACACUCUGUUAGUGCAAUUAAUUAACACUUUAUUAUGGUAAAAGGGGAGAAAACUAUGUAAAAUCUUUUAGUUUAUUAAUUUUACAUUGUUAUCUCCCCUUUUACCAUAAUAAAGCAUUAAUUAAUUGAGCUAAUAGAGUUCGUGUCCUGCUAAACAGUGUGCUACCUUAAAAUGAACGUAAAUAAAUAGACAGAUAGUUUAUUCCUAUCCUAUUUUGAUUAAUAUAGGAUUUACUUAAAAAUUCAAAUAAAUACAUUUUUAUAAAGGUAAUUUAAUGAACAAUCCUAAUAGUUAAGUGUUUCAUCUGUCUUAUAGAUACCUGUACCCUUUUAAAUAAUGCAAUACCCCCUCCUCCCUCAUACACCAUACAGUUUAAGAUAUUGGACUUUGUAAUCUCUAGUGGCGAGACUGAUAUGGCUAUGUUUGUUUUCUUCCCACGGUGUAUGAAAUUUCAACUGUAGCCUCUUAAACCUUGCACCGUCAGGGUAAUGUACACGCAUUUGAAGUAUUUAUUACUACAAAUACAGUUAACAAGCAGCUCUUUAAUACACAGACAGAUAACUAACCAUUAUAUUUUUGUGACGCACUCUAAAAUGAAAAAGCAUUCUAAAAACUUUAUUCAUUUCGUUAAACAAACACAAUGGUUUUUAUUUGGUAUUGACAAGUGCAGCACCUGCGUGAAAAUAAAUAUGUUUCCUAUAGAGAUACUUUGUAUUAUCAGCUCAUGCAUCGCUGAAAGUGUACACUAUUGAAAUUACAAUCUUUGUGUUUCACCAUAAUGCAGGGAUCUGCGAAGAGAAAUCAGAUCCCAAAACAAUUUCCACUUAAAGAAUGUGUAGUGUCAAAAUGUACACAAUGACAACAUCAAAUCCGUAAUGUAGAUCAGACCUGUUUUGUAAAAACAUUCAUCAUAUGUCACUAAUUUUAUUACUUUACUUCUACGAUCCUUAAAAACUACAGAUAUAAUUGUGGUAAGCUUUAUAUUAGGCAGAUUUCUAAUCACAUUCACUAUAGCCGAGUGGCAAUUUACGCAAUAUUGCAAUUAAAUGAGCACGUGUAUUGCAUUCUGAAGCAACAGGCAAUAUGUAUAAAGUAUAAUUCUGAGCAAAGUUCCAAAAAUGCCAUGGAAACUGAUGGAAUGUUCCUGCUGAUUGCUACUAUUACACGGUUUUUCACUAAAGUGAUAAUUUCUGGGAAUUCAAAUUCUAGUCGAAAGUAGCCAAAUUGAAAACAGAAUUGACUUGGGGAAUAGAGGAAAGUUUCCAAUUUUGCUCAAUGGCCUAAAUUUUGAAACUCACUUUGAAUUCCCAGCAGUUCUGUUACUGAAUAUUCUUGUAAUAGGUGGCUGAGAGAGGUUUGACCCAGAAUUGUGCUUUAUGCACUAACCCUAAUGAGUUAUUAAGCCCAAAAUAAACAAGCAUGAUCAUAAAUGUACGUUUGGAUGAAUAUGGCAGCAUUUCUCAUAUGCUGGUUAUGUUUUUCUACCCUCACUACCCAUGCCAUAUUCUGCUGUGGAGAGAGGUCCAAGUAAACACAUGUCCUUCUUUAUAUUAGAGAGGGACAUGCAGGCACUACAGCAAUGCUUCUCAUCCACGUAAAUGCUCUGGUUCCAUAGGAUAAUAUUGUAGAACAAGUAGUCCUAUGCUAUUAUUUUAUUUGGCCUCAUUCUGUCUGAAUGGCCUAAAGGCAGUAUAGUAUCACUUAUUAACAUAACAGUGUCCAGGCACUAGCUGUUAUCCUCUUAAUGGCAUAUGGGACUCCUUAUGUGACAGCACUAUCAUGUAUUUAUUUUUUCUAAAUAUCAGAAUUACUCUAAAAAGAAUCCUGCUUGUAAGCACAUAAAACUGAUUUUAUUUUUACAUUCAUUAAAAUGGUUUAGACGAUCUUUAUGCGCAUAGAAGCCCUUCUAAAGGAAAGACAAAAAAAAAAAAAAAAAAGGUUGAAAUAAAUCUCAAGAAUCUGACGUUAUUGUAAAGACAUCAUAAAUAUCAUCCUCUUUGCCGCCAGCUGGGUCUGAAAUGCAAGUGAAGAAAUAAUGCAUUGUAGUUUGUCUUUUUAAGUAGCAGAAAGAGUUAAUGCGUUAUUCACUCCGAGCAAAGGAACCUUGCAAGUGAGGGGUCAGAGGUUCUUAUAGCCAAGCCAAAGGGCAUUGGGAGAUGUAUAUUAAAUGCAUGUCAGCUUCUGGAUUGAGAAAGUAAAGCACUAGUCUAUUAAAAGGGACAAGACAUCUUAAGAUGCCUGAUCACUGGGCUGAGGGUCAAAGUUUACUUUUGGGUCAGUAACACUUUCAUAGUUCAAUUGUCGUACUGUUUGAGAUCUCUAAAAGUAGACUCCUACUGAACGAUUUUCUAAAUGAAAUACUUGCGUCAGAGUUAUAGCUGAGAAGAAAAGGUGAUCUGAAUAAAGGGACAUUCUAAAGAGGUCUGGGAAUAAGAAAUACAGAAUACAAAAUGAAAGUGUCUAAUCGUUGCAAGAAGACUUCAAAAUUAUUUUGUGACUUAUUUGGCUUUCUAUUCUAGAUAGAAUCAGCACUUUGUGUAGUUUGCAGAUAUGCAUGGCAUAAGGUUUCUAUCUAUCUAUCUAUCUGUCUGUCUGUCUGUCUGUCUGUCUAUCUAUCUAUCUAUCUUUAUAUAUUUCAGUGAACAAUUGUUUAAAUCUCAAGAUUUAAAAGUUUGAGUCCUAGCAGGGUCAUCUCUGCAUUUUAUCCUUCCAUGGUCAAUGGGAUAAGUACCACUGAUUUGGAUGACAACAGCACUAUAUUCCAGAACAACCUUAAAGAUUACAGCUGAGUAACAUAUCUCAUCUGGUUAGAUGAUUUAUUAUUAUAUUUACUAUCAUUAAAUUGCAAGUGUGCAGCUAAACAAACAAGGAAAAACAAACAAAAUAAUACAAUACUGAAGCAAAACAUUAAUAUUUAAGGAAAAGUCAAAUGGCUGGGAGGGCCCUGCACAAAAAUUCACGUGAAAAAAAAGCAUUUUACUGUAGCUGUUGAAUAGUGCCGAUUCCUUCUUAUCUGUCUAUUAUUUUCUAAAUUGCUUGAAUGUAUCGUACCUCUUUGCUUGUUGUAUAUUAUUACAAAAUGUGUUGAACUGUUAGUAGUAAUACAAUAAUCGUGUAUUUAGGUAUAAAAUAAAAAUCAGACUGAAAUAAAAUAGCAUACAUAAUUCAUCUGGUAUACAAACCUGGCAGUACCAUGCUUGGAAUGGUGGUUAUAGUUGACGUAACCCCUUUUCCGCGUGGACGCCAAGUCCUUAGAAACUAGGGUCUCACUACUUACACAGUUUUGUAUUGCAGUUUCCACUUGUCGUUUUGUUUAUAGCAAUGUUAUUGCACUUUCACAGUAUAUGUAAACUCUCUAAGGGUAGACGGGAUCAACUCGUUCAUUAUAAGACGUAUUGCUCUCACGACGAAGGGGUUAAGUGACAUUGUCAGUGAGUGCAUUAAAUAGUCCGAGGAUGGACCCUUCUUGUGUAAGGCAGUGUACAGGGGCAGCUGUACAAUUUGCCUUCUUAAGUCAAGUAAUUUCUUUUAACAAAAUGUUAAGCACAGAUGGGACUGUUGCUGUCAGUUCCCCAUCAUUGUGUUUGCAGCUGUUGGUCCUCAAUGCACUGUUUUAUGUAUUCAGACAGUUACUUAGUGCAGACACUCUGAAAGCAUGGGCCAGCCUCUAAUCGCCAAAUAAAAUGGCCAUUUGUCUCUUCUUCCUAUUGUUUUGUUUUGGUAACACAUGUCACAAGCUCAAUUACCCAGUUCAUUAACAGCUCCCACUGGACAAGAUGAUGAGGGAGUCCGUAAUAGGGAGGCUGGUUGUGCUGUAUAGUGAAUAAUAUAGUCUCUCUACAACUGUAAACAAAAGUUUGGGCUGGUCCUAGAUUUUAAUGAGCUAAAUGUUUCACUUCGUUCCUUUUGGCAUUUCGAAUGUUUAGUUUGCCCCCUUACAGCUUGCUCAACAGACCUUAUAUUUUGUAAAUGUACUAGAAAAUACAUAAAAUAAACAUAAAAACAUAUAAAUUCUUUACCUAUGUUUUCUUGCAUUUUAUUUUUAGCUAUUUUCAAACAUAAUCAUUAAUUGUUUAAUGGAGUUGCAACAAUAUUUCUGGUAAUAUAUAUUUUUUAAUUGCCAUCUACCCAGCAACUAGAUUCCCAUAUGGGGCAAUAUCUUUCACAAUCAUCAUAGUCCUGGUGAUAUUUAUUGUCAGUAUUAUUGUUCUAAAAAGAAAGCAGGAAUCUGGAAUUAUGGAGAAAUGUAAAGGUAACCGCAAAUUUCUGGAAAAAAAUGGUGAAUUUGGAAAUAUUCUCUAACAUCACAAAUGUCAGUUGUUUAGGCCUACACUUUGAUUAUUCUCUUGCCAGUUCUUCACAAUUUACCGUUUUAAUGAAUAGAUUAAUAUUAUCUUUUAUAAUAUCAAUAUUCUCCUUUAUAUCUAUAUUCUAGCAUUAUUACAGUCUUAUUUUCCCCGCUGGUCAGGGUAAUAUCCAAAAGCUCAUUAAAUAUAUAUAUAACAAUGUUGGAUUUCAACGAUUUCGCGGUUUUUCACAGUGAAAUAAUAUUUUCACGGCUUGCGAUUUCCAUGAAAUCUGUCGCCACCGUGAAAAAUAGACAGAACCAUGGUUAUUUGUGCGGAUGGGAUCAAUGGAGAUUUCCUAGAAAAUGUAGAGCUCUGUGCUGCUGUAGAUAAAGAGACAAAAACCAGGAGCAGAAAUUCUUCUGAUCAUUCAUAAAUACUAGUUGAACAGACUUUAGUAACAUAAUAGGAGAGAAGGGAAUGUCAAAUUUUGCACCUCAGCAGGGGGUGAAAGCUUUUCAGAAAAUCUUUAGUCAGAGGUAUGUGCUUCUGGAGGUACACAUUACCACUUUAAAAGAAGAGUUCAUUCUUUUAUUAAAGACAAUCUGUAUAAGAAACUUAAGUGAUCUUUGUUAAUAUUUUUGCAAUCUUACGGAACAUGUAAUGGCUAUGUAAUGAAGUUAAUUUUUUCAGUGUCUGUGAGUUUGAGAAAUGCAUUACCAAAAACAAACAAUUCACACCCUCAACUUAGCAUUAAAAGGGUUACUGCAUUAAACUGAAGUCUAAAUAGAAAAAUUCAGAUUUGAUGAUGUACAGGAACAUUUGGUUUACUUAUGCUUGAGAGCACAUAUUUGGACUGAUUCUUAAGAAGUUGGCUGCUGUAAUAAUGAUGCUGGUAUGCUGGCAUGGUUAAAGGGUUAAUAUAAGGCCCUAAAGCUAUUUGGUGCACAGUGGGAAUAUUUAAAACUGCUUCAAGUGAACUGUGAUUUUGUUUUACACUUCUAAAUAGCCCAAAGCAGACUGUUGCUUUUAAAAACAGAAUAAGGUAAAACCUUUUUUUUUUUUUUUAUAAAACUAAUUUAGAAAUAGCUGUGUGGAAUAUAUUAAUUUAAAUUAUUUAGAUUGGGAAGGAUUCACAGGAUAAAGUGUGUUAAAACAUAGAUUUACCACUGUGUCUGCUGUACUUCUCUCGUAAUGUAAUAAUAACUGUGACGUGUGAAAAGAUUAGUUUAUCUGUUAACACAAUAUAAACAAAAACAUACGUGUGUGUGUGUGUGUGUGUUUAUGUGUAAAUUCCACUGGGGGCUUGUUGUUAAGUGAUAAACUCUGUAUAUGUAAGGGUAGAAAUAAAACGUACCCCCCUCCCGGGUGUUAGAAAAAUAGAAAAUUUUCCUUUAGGUAAGACAUAUAGUAAUUUACUAUUUAUAGAUAUUUAGAAAGUAUACAAUCCGUUUUUCUAAUUAUUAUUUUUACAUUUGUUGCCAUUUCAUAGAGAUACCAAGCAUUCAUGUUUAAAAUAGAAAAUAAACUGAUCUCUAAUAAUCUUUAUAUCAUUAAAAUAUUUAAUAUAUAUGAGAAAUAUUUGUAUAUAAAAUAUCCCAGAAGCACAUAUUUUUUUUUUAUGCCUGCCUUUCUGUCAUGAAGCUAUCGAGAUAAUCUAUUUUUCUUAAUAAAUAUUUUUUUCCCCACUUGUCACAAUUUAAUGGUAAUUCCUGGCAUUUGUAUAAAAACUGAAAAUAACCAUCUUCAUAUUAACAUUCCUAGGAGUUAAUAGAGAGAAUAUAACACAGCACGAAUGUUAUUGCUGCCAUAUUUCACAGGACGUUUUGCCACUUAUUACAUAAAGUUCGUAACCAAUAACGACGUUCGAUUGAAAAGGUGUCCAGAGUCUUUCCUGUGUAUGCUCUCAAAACCAGUAUUUCUGUGCUUGGGAGAAGGACAUUAUGAGAUUAUAGCUAAUCACAUGUCACAAUUUCCUUGCAUGCCAAUAUUAAUUUCUCUUGGAGAGUUAAUGUCCAUCGAUGUUUAUAGUGCUUGAGGGAAUACACUCUGCAUUUCUACAGAGUGUGAUGUGUUUAGACAGAUGGAAUGACUGUUGAUUUAGAUGAUAUUUCGGAAGAGCCUUUCACAAAUGUGAUAAAUUGGACAACCUCCAUUUUGAUUGCAAGAGGCAGAGGUAUAAGAUUGUGGCUUAGUUCUGUGUCAGAUUUUCUUCACGUUCAGUAUUCUUCUUGAUGUAUUUCUAAGGAGCAAGAGGAGACUUGUAAUAGACUGGAAUACAGGGUGGGGGUUAAAACUCCAGGUGCUAAAUGCUCUGGAGUGGUGGGUCUUGGAUUAACCCCUACUGUGAACUCAUUUCACACCCUCCUUCUCAACCUCCUUCCCAAAAAGAAACCUUACAUUCUACCCCCCUCCUUUUCCACUUCAGUUUUCUUUGUGUAGCCUACUCCCUGCCAGGCAGGUGUCAGAGUCCUGAAUGCUGGUAUAGACUCUGUUAAUGGAUACCACAGAUGGAGCGUGGAAAUUAGGAGAAAAGGCCCCAGCCACAGGCCAUUUCUCGGGCGCCCCAACAAAGACAACCAAAUAAGUCAACUAAAAAAAUCCCAAAAGACCAUAAAGGAAGGGUGACAUUUACUCAAGGCUAGUGUGAGGAAUUAUGUCCUACGCAGCACAAGUUGUUGUAUAUGUUUUGAAUUUUUUGUGUGUGAAUUUUGACACUUUAUUUCCAAACAUGGCUGCUCUGGUUAUUGUGAAUGCCAGUUUAUUUACGGAUAUGUUCCACUGUGCAGAAUUACAGAAAUUAAAUUAUCAGGCACUCUAACAGAGAGAGGAAAAGUUUAAUAUUAUUAGUGGUAUUAUUAUUACUAUUAUAUUAUAUGCAUUGAAAUGUAACAAUAUAUUUAUUGUUGUUAUGAAAGUUUUGUCAUUUGGUUUAUGGACAGUUCACUGCAAGGGAUGUAAGCUGGAUCUAAAGUUAGGAACACAACUCCCAUCAUCAUUUAACACGAAUCUGCCCUGAUCAAGGCAUUUUAACUCGAAUCUACCCUGAUCAUAUGUAGGUAGUUUUGGUAGAAUUUGUAUAGAGUAUGCACCAUCAGAUACAGAACACAACCCCCAAUGAAUUAGUGAAGGUCAGAGAGGUUUCACUUUGUUUCAAAGGAAAACAGUAGAAUGUUAGGUAAUGUUAUCUAUGACAGGGCUGUCCAAAAGGUAGAUUCAUAGUAAAACUACAAUUCCCAUGAUGCUUUGCCAGACUUUUCAUCUACCUUUAGGGCACCAAUGAUUUAGCAGGUUAGAACUGGAAUUUUCACAAAUAUGCAGCAUUAUUAAUAAAUUAGGAUAUUGUCUUCAACUUGGUUCAAAUCCAAUAUCUUAGCAUGGUAAAAUACAGUCUUAGCAUGUGAUUAAAAUAGUUAGUAAACUUCAUUUGAAAUAUUUCUAAAAUGACUAAUUUUAAAAUGAACAGUCCUAAAGUGGCAUAUGUGGAGGCUCAACCCCCAAAAUAAACCAUAAGAAGACGUCAUAAAUGGGCAGCAGAAGUCACUAAAAAUAUGUAGGAUAGGUAUUUUGCCAUGAUGUUAUCACUCAAUGCAACUGAUAACAUUUUUUUUGAGGCUUUACAGUUCGUAAGAAAAAAUGAACAAUAAGUACAAUAAGUAUACUGAGUAGUUAUCGGCCAUUAAAUUUGAUUCUUCUAUAUCAAUAAUCCAAAACAUAUUUUAAAAGGUUACAAGUUCAAUGCAAACCUUCCUUACAUUUAAAUCAGAUGGGCUAGGGAAUGUGGCAAUAGUGGAGUUAAAAAAAUAAAAAAAAACUGCCGCAGUCCGUGUAAGGCUCCAUUUGUUUCAGGUUAGCAACGAUUUUGACUUUUGAUGGAACUGCUGCUUGAUUAGAUAAUUGAUAAUUCAGGCAUUUAACUAUUUAGCUGCAAGACGGGUAUACACCGCAGGGUGCUAAGGAAUGGUUUAGUAAUGGUUAAAAAAUGAUUCAGAAAAGGGAUUUUGUUAACAAUGAGAUCAAGGACAGAAGAGUUAUCUGAAGCUGGUCCUACCGGAUUACAAAGUCCAGCCUUUUAAGAAUAAGUGGCAGCAUCGCACUGACUGUGAAGUUUAAUUAAAAGAAGUUCCAGAAUUAGAUGCUGCUUCCAUGUCCCAUAACCCCUUGUGACCUGGUCGGCUGCCUGAGGAAAUAUUUCUUUUUAGAAAGAAACUGCUUUGCGCAGGAUUGCAGCUCAGUGUCAUCAAGAGCCAGUCACAUGAGGAGCAGUAAUUGAAUGCAUCCUGGGUGGAAUAAAAAUAGAUUAAUUGUGGCUAAAUAAAGAUGAACUGAGAAUCAUUCACAGUUUGCUGAUUAGUCCAGUGUACAAAGUGGUAAACAGUCUAAUGCUAGAAGUCGUAGGAUCAACUGAAAUUAAACACUAAUUUCAAAGGAACCUUUUUAUUUUUGAUUGAGCAAAAAGAGGGAAAACAAACUUUUCCAACCAACAAGUUUUAAGAAAGUCUUUCUGCACAACCCAGCACAAGAUUUGUGGAUUCGUUUUGCUAGUGAUGAAAAGAAAGUCCAAUAGAUCCAAAGCCUCAAGUAGAUACAUAAGAGCAUGUUAGCCUUUCAUACUAUUGCAUCCUUGUUUCCAUCUAGGUCAGUAGCUAAGAGACUUUGGUACAUAGUUCAAAAAUAUGAAAAGUUUAGGAAUAAAAACCCUAGUGCAAUUCUGCAAAGUUAUAUUUUCUAGCAUAGAAAUAAGGUCCAUGGAUCUAAUAUGCUUUAAAAGAAAAUCAACCUCUAUUAAAUAGUAUUUAGUCCAUAAAGAAGACAAUGAUAUGACCCGUGAACUACACGAAUUGUGUAUUUUUUAUUAAAAUGUUUAGUACACUGCACUGAUCAGGAAUCCAAAACCUUUCGUUACAUGCAUUUAAUCAUAUUUAUUUGCUAAAUAAAUUGUUUUGUUUUGCACAAAAGACACCAGGAUAGGGUGACCAUUUUCUCCUUUUAAUUAGGGCACUAUUAAAAUCAGUAAAACAAAAAAAAGUAAAAAAAAAAAAAGACCAUUGCAUCAUGCUCGCGCAUAAAAGCAUUCAUAAUGGUGUGGCCUGCAGUAAUACUCAAAUAGAAAAUCUGAUGUCUAAAAUCUUCAACAUAUGAAUACAUCUGAAUCACUGUCAUGUUAUAAUUUCUCAUUUUAUUAAAAUAAACUAUCAUUGAACUGUUUGAUGUGCAAGAUAGCUUCCUUUGAAUGAUACAGUCAGUUUAGUAACUAGAUUAGGGAUAAUUAAUAAUCCAAGCAAGAUGAGGGUAUUCAAGCUUGUAAAAUAACAUGAAUUGAUUGUGAUGUGUCUUGUUACACUUUAGAGCCUGAUGCACUUGUGAAAUCUCCCUUGGGAUAGAUGGGAUGAUGUAAUAUGUGCUGGAAAGAUAUGAGUACAUUGAAAAGAUAAAUAAUAGCUUUUGAAUCGGAGAGGAAUCAACACCAGGCCAAAUUUGGUCUCUGGUGCCUAUUUUAUAGGCUAUGGCCAGAUCUUUAGAUGUUAUUUUCUGUCCAUGGGGCUUUACUACAAAGAUUCUGUUUGUUUUGCAAAUGUGUACAUAUGGCCAUUCAAGUGUCACAUAAAAAUUCUGUGUUUUUCCCAUAGUUUGUAAGACACACAUUAGAACACAAUAUGUGUAUCCUUAAGAAACAUUAGAAAUCAAGACUUUAUCCUAGGGACACAUUAGAAUACAUAUUUUUUUUUAUCUCAAAGUUGUUUUAGAACACAAUGUUUUACAUGUGGGACACAUGAGAACAUAACAUUUCAUCCUUGAGACACAUUAGAAAAUUCUAUUUUCCUUGGGAAACAUUAGAACAAAUAAUAUCAUCUUUGGGACAAAUUAGAACACAAUAUUAUAUCAAUGGGACACUUUACAACACAGCUUAUGAUAAAUGAUCAGAGAGGUGGGUAUUGUUACUAAAUGAACAAUUUAAAAAUAUGCCUAGGGACCCCAUAUAGUAGAGCAAAUAUUGGUAUUUGGAAUGGAUUUACUUCAUGGAUGUUGGGGGUUAUGUAUGAAGGGCAAGCCUAUAUUUUCCACAAAAAAAGUUUUAAAAGUUUAGAAAUUAAAGUAAAUUUUUAUUGGUUUCUUUAGAGAUUGUUCUGCUUUUACACAUUUGCUUUAGAACUGAUAAUGAAUACAAAUUGAUUUUUCUUUUAACCAUUUAACUUUGUAACUGGAUUUACAAAUCGUCCAGAGCAAUCCAUGUCAAUUAUCUAGAAAGUAGAACAUGCCUAAUAGAUUUAUCACUAUUAUGAUAGCAUAUGCUUUUUAAAAAAAUCAUGGGAAUGUAUGCACCACAAUGUUUAUUUUGUUUUUUUAGAUCUAUAACAAGACAAAGGCCAUUUAAAUGUUGUCACUUGUGCCACCUAAAAUACUGGAGUCAGUUAUAUUAACAGACCUUGCAUGUCCUUUAGUUUCAUCGCAGUCAGUUUUAUUGAAUAAUUCAUUCAUCACUUGUCACCGCCUGAUGGACUGUAGAGAGUUAAAAUGUUUAUUGUAUUUAUUUCACGAUGUUAUAUGUAAGUCUAUAUUUUAUUUUUUAUUUUUAAUGAAGCAAUAUUUGAGGCUGAUAUUUGCUAACUGCUAAUCGACGUAUUAAGCCAUCGAUGGACACAAGGAGAAGAGUGAUAGAAGCUAAAAACUUCUACAUUGUCCACAGAAUGCUAAAAAUGCUAUGAACAAUCAUUCUGUGUUUGUGAUGGCAUUUCAUGUCAAUACUCCUCUUUUCCUUUCAGCUCCCUCAUCUCCUCAGUCUGAGGAAGGAUCUGACAUUGACUCGGAGCCAGAUCUUCCUUUGAAAAGGAAGCAGAGGAGAAGCAGGACCACAUUCACCGCAGAACAACUAGAGGAACUAGAGAGGGCAUUCGAAAGAACCCAUUACCCUGAUAUUUAUACACGUGAGGAACUGGCUCAGAGAGCUAAGCUGACCGAAGCAAGAGUGCAGGUAAUAUGCAGUGACCCCCUCUUUCCUAUCUGUAUCUGUAAAACUAUCAUGCAAUUUUGUUGUAUUAAAAGAAAACAAUCAUGGUAUGAUGAAGACUUUCUUAGGAGCAAAUGACUUCGAUGUGCAUUCCAGCAUGGUUCCUUGUGAAUAUAGCUAUAAAAACCCAUAUGUACAUAGGAGCAGCUGUAUUUUAUUUGUAUGUUGUCCUUUCCGAAAGGCUCAUAUUUCAUUGGUCCAUCCACUUUAAUCUCACUUCCUAUAUGUGCUAGUGUUCAUGUGGGAUGCCAUGAAGAAGGCAGGCAAUGGGAAGAUAAGUUCCCGGCAGACGUUUGAACGGAAUGACCCUGACCUGUCCUUCAGUAACUCUGCUUCAAAUUCCAACUUUAUUUCCUACUCCACUGUAAUUUAUGGCAUAAAGAUGGAUCGAAGAAGAGGGGAAAUCAGGGUAAAAAACAAAUCCCAUAAUGUGAGCAGAGAUAAUAAAUGUGGCUGUGUUUCCAAAGCAUAUAUUUUUGUAAGUCAGUGACCCAUACCAGGCAAAUGCAGGAGCUUUUCCCCAGCUGUUGUAAUGUGUCUUUAACCCUCUGACUUCACAACAUUCCUUGUGGCUUCCUCAGAUCCCUGGGGACUCAUAACCUGUCACACUAUUACGAUGAUCUACAGCCUAACAAAUUCUCCUGAACAUCCAACAUAUGGGUCUUUUAGGAAGCACAGCAUGGAGUGGCAUAUCAUUGUCAAUCAAGUUAUAAAAAAAAAAGGUUUGCUGCUUUAAAGGGGUGCGCAGUGCAUCACGUUACAGCAAGCGGCUGAAGAGUUAAACCACCAUCAAUGGUAUAAGACUUGUUUUCAAGUUGCCGCUUUUCAUUAAAACCGCUAUAGCUCUCCAGCGGCCUGUGAAUCCAGCUGUUUUUUUCAGCAGACAAAAUACAAAACACACAUCAAUAAUACUGUGGCCAAACAAAAGGAACAUCAGCCAACCCAUGCAUUAACAUAUCUAGAAAGCUAUAGAAGGAACGGACAAGUCAUAUCACAUAUGGAAUACAUGCAGGGAUGUAUUAAGUGAGUUAACCCAUUCAUCUUUAGCCAUUCUGAAUGUGGGACGGUUUAUGCUGAAAAAAGUUUCAAAUCAGCCACAGACAUCUUAUUUCGUACAAAAAUAUGAACUUGUACGAAUGUUUAUGUUUUUUAGCAGUAGAGUUAUACAUUCAAAUAUAUAAGGCCCUUGCAAUUACUGAACAUUUGAAACAAUAUUGUCGUUUGUAUUCAUUUAAAUUCCCCUCCCUUCAGAGACCUAAAAUCCAGCUAACACUUUCUUUACAAUUGUAAAAUAUCAUCUGAGCGGUACAGCAAAUAAACCAAAUUGCCUCUUUACGUUUUACUGUAGCCACAUGGCAAUCAAAAAUAAAAUACAGUAGUGGUGGGCAUCCAAUCUUCCUCUUAUUAUUUAGGACAUGUGUGCUAAGAAUAUUUUUUGUUAUGUUCCACGUCAACCUUUCCUAUGGGUUUAUUCACUAAAAUGCAAACUAUGAAGAAUUAAAAAGGGAAUUGCAAAUGUUAAAGCUAAAGUAGAAAAUAAUUCUUUAAAAUGUUUCCAUGUCUGCUAUUUUGGCCUACAUUUUGAACUUUGUUGACUCUUUGCAAUUCCUGGUUUACAAACAACACCCUAUGUCAUUAAAUACGUUAUUAAGAGGCUUAUCAGCGUGAUCUAUUCUCGAUACUUUACUGUGUAACUAGAAAAAAAAAUCUAGAAUAAUUGUUAAUGCAUAUGUUUUGUCACUGAGUUACACAUUUAUGAAGUCUGGAAUGUUGUUUACGCUGGCUCAUUAUGUCUUUUCAGGUGUGGUUUAGCAAUCGUCGGGCAAGGUGGAGAAAGCAAGCAGGAGCUAAUCAGCUCAUGGCCUUCAACCAUCUUAUCCCAGGGGCCUUCCCACCAGCAGCAAUGCCAGCAUUGCCAACCUACCAGUUAACAGAGUCUUCAUACCAGCCAACUUCCAUACCACAAGGUAACAGCUAAGAAGGAUCUGAUUCCCUAUAUUUGACGCUUAAAGGACCACUAUAGUGCCAGGAAAACAUACUCGUUUUCCUGGCACUAUAGUGCCCUGAGAAUGCCCCCACCCUCAGGGUUCCACUCCUGUGGCGCUGAAGGGGGAGGAAGGGGUUAGUCCCUUACCUUUUUUCCAGCACUGGGCUUCCUCGGUGCUGGGACUCUCCUCCCUCUUCUUCCAUCAUCGAUUGAAUGCGCAUGCGCGGCAAGAGCCGCACGCACAUUCAGCCAGUCUCAUAGGAAAGCAUUGUCAGUGCUUUCCAAUGGACGCUGGCAUCUUCUCACUGUGAAAAUCACAGUGAGAAGCGCGGAAGUGCCUCGAGCGGCUGUCAAUGAGACAGCCACUAGAGGCUGGAUUAAUCCUAAAGUAAACCCUAAAGUUUCUCUGAAACUGAUAUGUUUACAGCUGCAGGGUUAACCCUAGAUGGACCUGGCACCCAGACCACUUCAUUAAGCUGAAGUGGUCUGGGUGCCUAUAGUGGUCCUUUAACUUUGCAGUGAAGGUUGGCAUGAUACAAUAGAAUUAGAGGUCUUCAUCCCAAUGCUCCAUGACUAUACCACAAGGCUCUAUAACACCACCACAAAGCUAGUUCAGCAGCCAUUCAAUUUGAAAAUACAUUUGUAAUAUCCCCAAAAAUCAUACCCACGUUCAUAUUUGCUUGAGGCACCAAACCAUUUGUAUAUAUGUAAUUUUGUAACAGAUAGAAUCAGCUUCUUGUGUUUAAUGCCAACCUCUGGAAAUAAAACUUUUACAUUCUGAUAUCUCUGCACGGAAACAAGUUUCUGUAGCAGCUUUUGUUUGGGAAGAGCAUUUGGUAUAAAUCUGUAAACAUCCAAUUCAUAGCAACAGAGAGCACGGUAAUGGAGCCUGAAAGUGAAUAAAAAUUUGGCACAUGUAGAUGGAUAGGAAAGAAAGAAAAACAAAGGAAUAGCACAGAUUUAGAAGCAAAAGGGCACAGUAGUUUUGGAACCCACAGGGACUGAUUGAUUACUUUUAUACUUUCAGUAUGAUUUUUUUAUUCUGAAAGGUAUCAUAUUUCUUCUUUUUUAUGGCUGCCACCAAUUUGUUAUGGGAGUUGUUCCAUAAGUCCAUUAUCUCUUAACCCUUGUUAGAAAGGAUAUUAGUGUAGAGACAUAGAUUACACCAAAUUAAACAAACAAGAAAGGGAGGUUGCAAAAAUUUAUUAGAACCUCAUGAUGCAGUCAAAGGGCCUGUUUGAUUUAACUCUGCGUGUGCUAGAAAUUCCAAGGGAUGUGUUCAAAAAAGUAAAAAAAAAUACUUACCGGAAAUCCGAAAAUAUGUAGGGUUAACAAGUUCUCUCUCUUUUUCCAGCUGUGUCAGAUCCCAGCAAUACUGUUCACCGACCCCAGCCGCUGCCUCCAAGCAGCGUUCACCAAAGCGGCCUUCCUUCCAAUUCUGAGAGCAGCUCGGCCUACUGCCUGCCCAGCGGCCGGCAUGGAUUUUCUACCUACACCGACAGCUUUGUGCCCCCAUCUGGACCUUCCAACCCUAUGAACCCCGCCAUUGGCAACGGCCUUUCACCUCAGGUCAGUAGAGUGUUUUCAUUCCUUUAGCUGAGUGCCAGAACUGAACAGGCUAAGUCCCCCAGGCAAGAAGGGAAGAAAUUGCCAAAUUCGAACCAUAAAGUGUUCUUUAUAUGAGCCACAUGAUUUCAUUUUACAAAUUUCCUUCCUUUAUUUUUCCCUCUUCCACCCCCACAUUGGUUACUUCAAAAGCAAUAGCUGGUAGGCUGUCUUUCUAGUUUCAGCCCCCCCUCCCUUUCCAAAAUAACAAGGACCUUUCUCAAGAUACAACUAAGGCUGGCCACGAGGCAUAUGACCAAAACAAUGUAAAUUAGAGGCCUAUCAACACAAGUUCAUUAUCAUGUGCACUUAUAGUAAUAUUUUCAGCCAAUAAAAAGAAUACAUUUUUUUUAGCUUAGCCCAAAAAGUUAUUUACGUUUUCUUUUCUUUUCAUUUAAAAGACCAUGGCACAUAUCACAAAAUUACGUAUUUUUCAGAAUGAAGACUUACAACAUGGCUGAAUGCAUUUGACACAUCAUACAUUAUAUACAUUUUUUAAAUCAUAUGUGACCAAUAUGAAUUUUUCACUCACAGGCCUUGUAUAGUCAUGUUGGAGUCCCAGUGUCAUCCCAUUUCAUAUUGUCUGUGUAGGUGCCAAACUUGUGAAACCAUUGGUCCACAAAUUAUCAUGCCCCAAUAGUGUGUGAAUUGAUGUAUUAUAUUUGGUGAUAUUUACAGAAUUCACAGAAUUCACAGAGUGAAUUUUUUGCUCUUAAAGCACAUUGAUAUAGAAUAUUCAUGUACCCCUCUCCUCUAUUACCUGAACACAUGCCAGUGAGAUGGUUGCUGGAUUCAAAUAUUCAAAUAAACAAUAUGUAAAGUACUGUAAUCCUUGCCAAAGCAGUGCAAUAAGCAAAAUCAUAAUAUUGGUUUACAUGGUAGUCGGUCCAUAUUUACAAGUUUUCUCCAGAAUUGGUCUCUGUACAUAGCCCCGUUGUGUCUUCUAACAGCACCCUGUGUUAUUUGAUUUGUGUAACACUUUUAGUGCCAAAGUCAUUUUACCAUGCAUAUUGACCACCCUACUGACAUCAAGAAGGUGUGAAUGUUCUAACCAAGUCAGAAUCAGGAAACAACCUAUCUCUGCAUUGUCAUUGUCAGUAAGUUGCUUAUCCCCUGGACUAUAGAGUCUUUGACAGUUAUCACUAAGCAUGCCCAUUAAUAGUAUUUCCCAAACAUGGUAUCCUAGAAACAGCAUUUUUUAAAGUUAUUACAAACAAACUGUGUUCUGUUGUGUAAUAUCUGCUUUGUUUUGAGAGAUGCGUUAUAAUUACAGAUGAGUACAUGGAGUUAUUACUAAGAAUUAAUAAAUGCUGGAAAGCUUGGCUUUUAUAAAUUAGCACAAUAACUGCACCAUGGGAAUCUGUGCAUUUCUUAAAGCCAUAAUUAUACUGUUAAUUUUCAUUUAAAGGAUGGGGGAUGGUUUUGGGAGUUCCAGGAAAAUAAAUUGACUUGGUAAUUAAGUGUCAAAAGGUUGGUUGAAUUUUGUACGGUCCACAUCUGCCUGAGGUUGACUUGACAUUGUUAAUGUACGCCUAAACACAGAGAUUUUUAUUAUAUCAGAGCGCUAAUAUUCAGGUGUCUAAUAGUUUCACAGAAUGGCGUGCAAUCUAUAAUUAAAAUCAGAGUUCUUUGUGGGGCUAAGUGGGGGCAUCUUCACAGCUAUGUAUCCUCCCCAAACACAUCUCCCUCUCGGCAUUGAGAGGAAACAGAGGGAAUAUUCAAUAUGACAUAAAUGAAAAGUGAAAAGACAAUUAUACUCAAUUACACACUCAUCAGCCUGGCUCUAGCAGUAAGAGGGCAUCCUAAUAGGCAGAAAAUGAGAUUUUAAUGGCACAAAGGGGAGCCAAAAUAACGACUCACGUCUCUUCUCUGUCCUCAACGUGAAGUUUGCAUCUUGAGAGCCACAGUUACUCUCUGCUAGACAGUGAUAAAUCUAUGGAAAUAUACAGUUCAAAGGACUUUUCGAGUUAAAACAGGACGAACAUUAAAAUAUAGUGGCAUAAACAUUAUUGCCUGCAGGCAUAAAUAUAAAUUCUCAUAAAAUCGGCCUUGAGCAGUAAAUGUAAUUAAGCCUCCGAGUUUUCUAUUGCACAUUAACAGGAAGUCCAAACGUACCAGCUUUGAAUUGUUUGAAGGACUAAGCAUUUGAAAUGGAUUAAUCUCAUCUUUUCAUAUAUUUUACAGUUUUGUUUUUUAAAUGAUCCUAUAGAGAAUUAAUAGACUUUCUUAAAUGAAUUGUUAAAACACAUCCAUCUUGUGUGUUUGUAGUCGUACUCGUUUACAUUAAAUAAUGUACCUGAAGGUGAAAAUAUAUUUGUUAGUUGAACUGACUAAAGUUCAUGAAUAUUGUCUGCUAAUCUCAUUUCACACGAAAUAAUGGGAGAAGAAUAAAUUACACUAAAUGCUUAUUGUAUAAAUGCUGUGCUAUAUGGACUAAUUAAGUAUCAUUUUGUAUAGAAAAGUAUUUAUGAUGACAUUUGUAGAAUUUAGACCUUGUGUAUUCAAAUACAGUAGCUUCAGUGGUUAAAUGACUAUAACUCCCAUGAAUCUUUGGCAGCCACUUGCUAUGAUUUAAAAUUGGCAAAUGUUUGUUGUAUUUGCAGUGAAAGGACAAUUGGAGGUUCAGUAUUUGAAUUUCCUGACUCACACGUAAUGCAGACAGUGAUGGCUUCCAAACUCCAGCUAAAUAUAACAUAGAGCUUUAAACUUGGCUUCCACUAAAUCAUUUCUUAACAUUUAUAUGUAUGCGGUAAAUCAGGAAGAACAAAGCAAAAGUAUAAGCAGAUGACAGAACAAAAACCUGUAAUAAAUAUCCUACUGCCCCUCUGCGUCCAUUUUCCAACAUUGGAAAAAAAAAAGUGGUUUUCGACCACAUGUUAUAGGGACAUGUUCAACGUGCUGAGUUUGGGAACCACUUAAUAACUAGUUAAGAUGAAAUACAAUCAAUAAAUUCCAAACAUAACCACCUGCAAAGGUCAUUGAAACGAUAAAGUAUUUGUGAUCUCUCUGGUUAACUCAUCAGCAUACAGAGCAGUUAGACAGAUCUCAGAGAUCAUAGUAAUAUACUGGAUAUUCAGUGUGACUUUUUGUUUGUUACGGAAGAGAAAAAUAUAAAGACAAUAUCAACAUUUGUAUAUAACAUGUCAACUACUACAGUCAAGAUACUAUUAUUUAUUAUUUUUCUUUCUGACAUUUUUUCAUUUUUGUUUUGAACAUUUUAUGGUUUUGGUGUUUAGGAGACUAGAAAUCUUGCUCGUCGAGACCAUUUAUGGAAAGAGCAUUCAGAUAACAGAUUUCAUAUAUAUAUUGUUUACUAUAUCUAGGUGGCACUUUGUGACUUUUAUAUGCCUUAACGAUGGCAAACACCUGACAAAAUCAUAUUACCACAAGUCAGGUGACAAACAAUGAGCAAGAUUGACAUUUUUCUACAUCUACAUAUUUUCAGCAGUUGGCAUUAUUGUCCCGUGGACUUUCUGUCUCAACAAAUGUUCACAUAUUUUAUGUAGAAUUCCAUGUAUCUUUAAUUCCUAAAACUCAUACACGUUCCUAAAUUCUGCAAAUAUAGUCAACCCCAUAAUUAAAUUUUAUUAACAUUAUGUAUUAAACGGCCUCAUUUUGUGAAAUUCAACUUAAUUUAGAGUGACAAAUAAAUUAUGAAAGGUGAUCUCAUUGUUUAAGUAUGAAUUAGAUGUAGUGUGUUAAUAUGAAUAAUAUGAAUAAUAAGGGCAUUGGGAUUGACAUCACUAUAAUACAAAGUGAUCUUUUGAAACAGUGAUGUAAUUACAGUAUGUUCCAUGGAAAAUCAGUAAAACAUAUCUGUCCUGCACGAAGAUUGCCACAGAAUGGGAAACACUGUCUGAAAAUGCACAGUAAACCCCAUCAGAGAGGGGUUAAGAGACAAUACAAGUGUGCAAAAGCUUCUAUUGGAAGGCUGGAGACAGUGUUAAUGUUUGGCUUGCUUGGUGUUAAUAAACCAUAGCAGAACAGUAAUCCUACAUUCUUCUCAUGCAAUAACUCUGUCAAAACAUGCUCCGGCCUUGCAGAAAUGUCAUGUCCCUCAAUGAUCAGACAGAUACAACUAAUGAUAUCUUUCCCUUCUGUACAUACUUAGCCUCAACUUCCAUUUAGACUAGGGAUUUUCUGCUUCCUCAAACUUCAUAUGAACUUUAGGCUUUUCUUUCUGGGGCACAUGGCUGAUGGUAGAAACCUCCAACCUACAUGCACUGACAUCAUUAGAUGGUAGAUAACCUCAACCCUGGUACAAGAAGCGACAUUAUUAAAUAGUAGAAAUCCCUGACCCUGGUACAUGAAGUAUCUUCAUUAGAUGGUCAAUACACUCUACCCCUGUUACAAGAAGCGACAUUAUUAAAUAGUAGAUAUCCCUGACCCUGGUACAUGAAGUAUCUUCAUUAGAUGGUCAAUACCCCCAACCCCUGGUACAUGACAUGACAUUCUUAGGUCGUAGACUCAGAACCUCUGAUAUAUGUAUAUGUGUUACAUACAGACAUGCCAUUACAUACAUCUUCAUGUUUCUAUUAAUUAUUUCCAUUUUGCUCAUUCACCAAAAAUCUAAACCAGAAAGUUACAUACAGCCUGUUCCUUUAGGAUACAGAUACUCAGACUCCCCCAUGUUCACACUGAGAUUCCUCUACUCUUUAAUCCAUAUUAAUAGGACAUGUAGACACAAAUCAUAGUGAUGCGUGCUUCAGAUGAAGUGCAUACGAUGGAGAUAUCUGUAUCAAUUUACAAGGGAUAUAAAGUGCCAGCGUUUGAUUCAUGCCCGUGUGAACAUGGCUCUGGAAUCUGAAGGCGCUCCGUGCAGAGGGAAUAGUAAAGAGCAGGUGGCACCAUUUUUCUUAGAACAGGGGGAUGUGAGCGGCAUCUGUUUCACAUCACAAUAGAGCAACGCUCCGGACAUCUUCAGGACAUGCCCAGCUUCCCGUGGAGAGAGCUUCUGUAAAUUACACGCUACACAUGUGUUAGGGUCAAAUAUGAACUGAGCACAAAUUCUAGUAGCCACUAUGUUAACCCCUUUGUAGCUUGAAAACACAAACACUUAAUACAAAAAAGGUCCCCCGAGACACUAUAAGGAUUUAUAAAGCAUGCACAUGAAUUUUCUUACUGUGUAAAUAUUAUCUCUUUAAAAUGAUUCUUAUGUAAGGUGUGUAUUUAGCCAGUUAAAAAAAAAUCUAUUAUUUUUAAAUUCCUUAUUAUAGUAGUAAUAUUUAUAAGUGUAGCUUAUUAAGCGAUCCUUUACAUUCUAUACAUUAGUAAAAAUUUUAAAAAAACAAUAACAAAUCAAUAAAUCAAUGGCUCAUAUGGUUAAUACACCAGUGUAGCAUUGUUAAUACCUGUCCAAACCUCAAGGUCAUGGGCUCUGUUCCUGGCAAGGUCAGCUCUCUCUUCAAGAACAUAUACCAGGAAUUGGGUAACAUUAACAUAUAUAGCUUGAUGUAAUCAAAAAUUUGAGAAAUGCUUUUAUUUAUACUUCAUCAUUCCUGAUCAGAUAUCUUGACAACUGAACAAAUGAUGGACCACAAGAUACAUUCAGUUAGGACAGACUAUAACAUACAAUGCAUUGUAAGGAUUGAUACUCUUACUGUUGUAGCCAGAAUUAGACACAUAUCUGUGUAACUUAGCAGACAUGCAACUUUACAAGUCUACUUCGUUAUACGAGUGAAAAAGGGAUAUAUGCAUAUUUGUCAGUUGAAUGCAGCACAAUAAUUUAGGCGUCAGGUCUAAAUCAUUGCCAUAUUGGUAUGAAGGAGCUAAUAAAAUGAAAGCAAUUCUAUAUAAUGAGCCUAUCACGUCAAGAGAGUGUCACAUUCCGGAAUAUUGACAUUGUGUUCUAUCGGGCAAGAUAAAUGCUUAGAACUCUGCCUCUGCAACCAAUAAGCACAAGCCUGGUUUGAACAGGAAACAUUGCUAAGUAGAUACUCACUAGUUUUGUAAAAGGGAUUAGACCGAGGUGACUGUGCCCUUCCCUUCACUCUCUGUUCAGGUGAAAAGGUCAAGGCACAAAAAAUACUGAGGUCUUGAAGCCUUGGGCUACUUCCCUUUUUAGCCUUCAAACAGACAAAAGCAGGAAAAUCAAAUUAUUGAAAUGUUAAUUGAGUGCAGGUAGAUUCCUGGAGCACUAGAGCCCCUAUUAUAGCAGAGUAUACAGUACUCAUUGUGCUUACAGUUACCCCUACAAAACACAUCUCUGUCCAACAAGGAAGCCAAAAAAUGUAAGAAAGGAACAUACGUAUUCCUGACACUAUAGUCCUGAUGUGGCAUUGUAAAUGACCGGCCUUGCUCCCUUCGCGCUGAAAGGUGAUUUUAUUUACCUUUUCUCCCACGCUGCGCCGGUCUCGCCGCUACUGGCCAUGCUUAGUUUUGGCUCAAUGGCUGAGAUCAUUAAUCUUGAUGAUCUCAGCCAAUCCAAUUCUUUCCCAUAGGAAAGAACUGGGACACUAUUGCUCUAUGCUUCACUAAUCAGCAUCUCCUCAAAAAGAUGCAAUGAAUCAGUGCAUGUCUAUGGGGAGAGUUUAGCGUAUUCAUGCAGAGCACACUGUGCAGCACUGAGAGAGGAAGCAUUUCUUGUUGCCACUUGAGUGAGAUAUAUUACUAGGGACUAAUUUAAAGAAAAAAAAUACAGAAAAAGGGCAGCCCUUUUUCUGUAUUUUUUGUUUUUUAUCCUUAAGGGUUUUUGAGGGAUUCCCUUUUAGGGUUGCUGCUUAUUUGUGUUAUUCAGCGCUCACUCAUUGUCUUGGUUUUAUACUAAUUUAAAGAAAGCCUUUUCUCUGAAAAGGCAGCGUUUACAAUGAAAAUCCUGCAGUAACAGACUAUAGACAUCAGAACCACUACAUUAAGCUGUAGUAAAUCUGGUGACUAUAAUGUCCCUUUAACAAAACAUACAGUGGGACUGGAGCACUAAACUCCAAACAAACUUAAAAGUGCAACACUGAGUUAUAAGGAGGUUUCCUUUAUUUUAAGUAAACACCUUAUAAUUCAUUAUUAUAUCAAUGUGGCUUAAUAUAGUCAGUAUUAAAAGAUAAUUUUUAAGGGGUUACCAUCUGUUUUUUGAAACACAAUGAGAAUUGUUUUCAAUGCUAAUGUUAAUUAAACCUAUGAUUAUUUGUUUUCCUCCAAAUCUGCCUGUCUGCCUAUUUAACAACUUAUUGUAUGCACCUGUCAUUGUAUCUAUCAAGUUGGAGGUAAUUUUGAAAGAAUCAUCAUAAAUGAAUUAUGCUCAUUAUGUCAUCUACCCUUUUACAGGUAAUGGGACUCCUGACUAACCACGGUGGAGUGCCUCAUCAACCUCAGACGGAUUAUGCCUUAUCACCUUUAACUGGAGGUCUGGAGCCCACCACUGCUGUAUCAGCAAGCUGCAGCCAGAGACUAGAUCACAUGAAGAGUUUGGAUAGUCUAUCAACAUCACAGUCAUAUUGCCCACCUACCUACAGCACAUCAGGAUACAGCAUGGAACCCGUAACAGGCUAUCAGUAUGGACAGUAUGGACAGAGUAAGUAUCUACAUGAGUAAUUUUGCUGGGUGCAUGAUGCCUCAAUUAAAGGGACACACCAUCCACAGUGUUUUCCUAGACACAGAUCACUGAUACAUGUUAGUGGACUACAUAUAAAACGUGCUAUUCUGCAGUAUGUAGAAUUUAUAUACUGCUGAUUUCCUCAACAAUUAGUCAUUUUCCUCUUACUGCAUAAGAAUAGUACAUAUUCACGCGUUCAUUUUCAAGAAGUAUAUGGGACAUGUGUCCAGAAGCAAACAUGAUGGAUCUGGCAACACUACUGGCAGAGCAGAAAAACACACAUGUGCCAGAACCAACUUCUGUAUAACUGUCAUUCCAAAGGAAAAUGUUUAGCCAAGUGGUUACCAUUCUUUCUUAUCAAAUGAAUGACAAAACACUCGUGGCUCAACUGUGCAUAUGUGGUUCCCAUGAAUUUAUACUGCGCACAGAGGAGUCAUGUGGACAUCAUGCAUGCACAUUCUUUGUAUUGCAGUAUAUUCUAGAACGGGGGAGGCAACAUUCUGCACUCCUGAUGUUGUGAACUACAUCUCCCUUGAUGCUUUGCUAGCAUUAUAGCUGCAGGAGCAUUAUGGGAUACAACAUCUGUAGUGCGGAAGGUUGCCUACCCCCGUUCUAGGUUAUAGGGAAUUCUUUUACCAACUUGGCUAUUUAACCUACAAUUUGCAAUUCCCAGGUGAAUUUCUGAUAAUUCACAGUUUAAUGAAUUACUGCACAGAAAAUUAAGAUUUAAAAAUAAUCACUGAGCACACAUAAAUAUAUAUAUAUCUCAAAAGAUGCAUGUAUGCAUAUAUGGCUAUAGAUUUGUAUCUGUCUCUACAUACGUACAUGAACCACAGAGGCUGAAAGUUCAGAAAGACAUUCUAGAUCACGUACAUCUGGUUAAAUAUCCCCCUUCUGAGAAUGAACUAUAGUUUAACUAUUCCCAUUCAACUGUCCCACUUUUUUCAAGGGCAGUGAUUUGACUGUUUAUCUGAUAAAAACUGAAAACAAUAAUCGUUGUGGCUUCCAAUAGAAGCUUGAUGACUCUCUUUUUCUCACUGAGUCUCUUUUGUCUCCGGUACUCGUUGAUUGUUCUCUCCAAAACAUCUGUUGCAUAAUUAUUUUCUUAAGUGAUGUCAAAGACAUCUUGAGGUGAUUACGUGCCGAGACAUGAGACCUGACCGCCAUUAGGUAAAACAGAAGGUUUUGCCCGACAUGCAAUAACCACGGGCAUGCCCCAUAUUAAAAACACAUGUCUUUAAUCAAGUCUGUUCAAGAGUCAUUAACGUAUAUGAUCCCAGAUUCUGAAGAGUUUGUCAAACUUGUCCCAGGAAUAAAAAUAUUAGACUUAUUCUUUAAUAUCACAGUAUUACAUGUGACAAUGUCAACCUAUGGUUCAGGUUGUCUUUUGAAGUGAAGUGGUCUUAAUUCUUCUAAACAUCUUUCUCCAUUUCUUUACCCGCAGGUGCCUUUCAUUAUCUGAAGCCAGACAUUGCAUAAAAGCAGUUCCUCCAGAAGUAAUGAUAUAUUCAGAAGCUUGGAUAGGAUGGAAAAAUCUUAUCAAUUCAUAGAACCAUCUGGGGUCCAACUGCAAGACAGAGACAAAAAAGCAACAAUGGACAUUUCUGCUUUACUUUGCGGAGAGUGUAGUAUGUUUCAUGGGAGAUGCUUCAAUGCAUAUGGGUGUUUAUUGCUGUGCUGGACGUACAGUGUUUAUGCUAAAUGGACAUAUCUGACUCCAGGAACUGAGGAAACAUUCGUAUUGCAGAAGCCACACACCGUUUACAACUCAACAGAGGUCUGACUCAGUCUUAUAAACUGCAUUGUUGCCUUUGCCCUCACCGUUGGUUUCACACAAAGAAGAUUAAAGGACAAACCGUAAACAUAACUGAGUUAGGGAGCAUGUUGAAAAACUAUUUCUUUUAAUCCUUUUUGCCCUUAUUGACAACUCAGACAUUAUGUAUAUCCGUUUUGGGAACCACUAGAAAUGAAUAGAAUAAUGGGACCUUCUUCAUGUUGCACGUGUCCACAAGAAAGGUUAAGAAGAAAAGGAUAUACAUUUCUUUGUGCCAAGUUAUCUUAAAGUAUAGUCGUUGCGCAGCUUGAUUUGGCUAAAUCAAGGGUGUUCAAACUAUGGCACAGCAGAUGAUGCUGGACUACUGAUCUGGAAGGUCAAGUUUGGCCACUUUUAGACUAAUUAGAUGGCAUUCCAGUUUUCCAGAUAACAUCACAUCCCAUAGGAUUGUAGAAUAGCCAGUAUUAACAGAUAUCUUAAUUAAAUAAAUGUUAUUUUAUGGUUAUACAAACUAAGAAAAAUGAUCACUUAUUUAGAUAAUUGACAAAUUAAUUUGGAGUUAAAAAAAAGUCAUAAUCAUGUGAGGAAAACCCAAUGCAAAAUUUUAUGGCUGAUGAUCAAUGUGCAAUACCAUACCUCACUUCAACCUUCACCUACUUGGCCAUGUCUUGUGAAUUCAGAUGAUUUGUAUUUUAUUUUGUUUUUUUGUAAUUUUGUUCAAUGAACUUUCUUGAGCUUAGUUAGAUAUUUUUUUCUAUAAAAGAAAACUAUUUUCCAGUAUGGUUAAAAAAAAGACAUUCCAGCAAUUCAUCUGUCUAUUGUUAAGUACUGACCAUUUAUCUUGAAAGGAUUUGGAUAGGAUGCAACUGUUCUGAAACUCAUCAAUCGGUUCCAUAUUAAGAUAGCCUAUUUAUGUGCCAGAAUUCUAAACUAGUGGUGAUUUAUUUAUGGUAAAUAAUGUUCUCUUUUGCGUAUAAAUUGGUUUGUUUGCACAACCAGUCUUAGGCCAGUUGUAAACAUCAACACACCUCUUUCUUAAAACAGCUUGCCCUAUUACUACCACACACACCGUUAGCUUACUGCACAAUAAAAUGGGUCAAGGGAUCAUCCUGGCAUGGAGUUGCUGACGUUGUGUUCUGGGUUACGUGAGGCAAAAGGAAAUUACAGUCCGUUUUAUUUAUAUAUAUAUAUAUAUUUUUUUUUUCAUUUUCUUGACAAGAAAUGCGAGGUAGGGCACAAAAUACAUUCCUUUAAGAAUUAUGGGUAAUAAAUUAGGGUUUUUAGGUAGGAUAGAUAGCUCAGAGAUCAGACUUUCGUCUUACAGGUGAUGGAAGAAGUUACAUUUUAUUUGUGUGUAGCCGGUUCUACUGGCAUCAGAUGCUGCAAUAUGUUUCAUGUAAAAAGUGCAGUAAAUAUUUACUAUUUAUAAUAAAUAAACAG